GCCCGCCAGGGUGUGCGUCUAUGUGCGAGUGCGCCUCCCUGGGCGUCCAGCGCGCCGCGAGCAGAGCCCCGCUGCCGAACUGCGCGCUUCUGCUGCCGACGUUGCGCCGCUGGGGCUGCGGAUCCCGCGCAACUUGGGCUCGUGCUCGAGAUCCACCGGCGGUGAGUGCGGAAACAGCGCGUUGGCGGGGAAGUCUUGGGUCUGGAGAGCGGGAAAGGGCCGCCGGGGAGCCCGGCGCGCGUCUCGCCCUUCUGCAACUCCAGCAGACUGUUGCAUCAGACGCGCCGAGCGGGACGCCAGCAUGCUGCGAGGAAAGCGGGCCAGGCCGAGACCCUCGCCCCGUUCCCCGCCUCCGAUCUCCCGAUCCAGUGGCGCCUCUUUGGAGAGGCCCCGAUGGGCGCAAGAGCCCGAUCCGUCGAGCAUUGCCGGAGUUGCGACGGGAGGGAAGGAAAUCGCCCUUGGAACAAAACUCCCAAGUUUUGGGUGGGUCGGCGGGCGAGGAUCAAGAUGUAGCCAGAAAGGGGUUAGUUGGGAGGAGGCGAAUCGUGGUGGGUGGCGGCGCGCAUCGUGGGCAGGCCGGGUCCUCGUCGGUGGGCUUGGCUGGCAGCGCAGGGGUUAAACCGAGAGGACCCCCCCCCUUUUGGAGGCCUCUGCAGGGAAGCGGCGGCUUGCAAGGAGGAGGGGAGACCAGCUCGUCAGGCUCUGCUCGCGUGUCGCUCCAGACCCGUGUGAAAGGGGCUUCUUGUGGUGCCCAGAGGCGCUGCCGUUGCCACGUGGGCUCCCAAAGGCGAUGCAGGCGGACGGGGCCCCGGGAGGUGUCUCCGGGCCUGCGAUCGGAUCUCAUCAGAGUUUAAAAGGGGGGGGUAAUAAUAAUCCAAGCAGAAAGGAGGCGGCAGCAGCAGCAGAAAAAAGUAACGCAGAGUAGCCAUUUGUGUGUGUUAAAAAGCCAGGUGUCCUGGAUUCAAAUCCUGCACAGUUUGAAGAAAGGGGCAUGGAGGGGACUAGGAGUAGUGUGGGGGUCAGCGGGCAAGAACGACUGUUCCUGGGCAGCAGCACAUAUAUCUGUUUAUUAUUCACUUCUCUUGAGUGUAAAAAAACAAACGUCAAUGCGGUUUUAAAACCACAACAUCGCACUUAUUGUCCUCAAUUGCAAACUCCUGGUUGUACAUCCUCCUGCAAAAUGGAUUAGAAUUCCUGCUUUAUGUAUGGCUCUGAAAGGCUAAAAAAUUGGGGUAUAAUCAACCAACAUUAAUAAAGUCCCGUUGCAAUGCAAAAGUGGCUAAUUUUUUUGCUGGAUCAUGCCCCGUAAUCAUUACUUUCUUAGUGUGGCCCCAUGUUAAGAUCCUAAACUGCAAUCCAACACUUUUUAGGGCGUUUUUGCUUCUGAGUAGUCCUGCUUUGUUAGGAUUUUGCUGUAAGGGUAGCUAGUCCUCAUGAAGUGGCCCUGAGCUGUUUGGGAUCUCCCUCAAUGGAGGGUGGGAUCUUGUUGUGGAAGCUGAGAAGAGCAAUUCCAAAGGAUCUGGGGAAGCCUUUCACCUGUUCAACGGGUGUCUUAUUUAUUUACAGAUCGGAUUUCUUAUCCGCCCUCCACUAUGAGGUCUCAGAAAUGAGUUUCGACAAUGCAGUGGUACCUCAGGUUACAUACGCUUCAGGUUAUACACUCCACUAAUCCAGAAAUAGUGCUACAGGUUAAGAACUUUGCAUCAGGAUAAGAACAGAAAUCGUGCUCUGGCAGCGAGGCAGCAGCAGGAGGCCCCAUUAGCUAAAGUGGUGCUUCAGGUUAAGAACAGUUUCAGGUUAAGAACAGACCUCCGGAACGAAUUAAAUACUUAACCUGAGGUACCACUGUAUAAUAAUACAAUAUUAAAAUCAAUUUGCAACAGAUUAGUAAACAGUUGAAACAAUUUGCAUCUGAAGAAUAGGAUGGGGCCUAAAAAAUAAAACUAAUUUGUGAAAGGCCAAGGCAAAGAGAUGCAUCUUCAAUAAAUGUCGAAUACCAUACCACAGGGGUGCCCAAACUUUUUUCAAAGAGGGCCAUGUUUGAUGAAGUGAACAUGCAUGUUGAGCUUUUUUUUACAAUUUUACCCAAGGGCAUAUACUGCCAUAGGGGCUGGAUUAAAUCGACCAGCGGGCCGGAUUAGGCCUCCAAAACAGACUUUGAACAUGCCUGCUAUACCACGAAAGUGACACGUGCAUCUCUGUGAGAAGUGAAUCUCACAGUUUAGGGGGCGCUACUCGGUCCCUGCUCCUGCCAACCUAGCAGUUCGAGAGCACGUCAAAGUGCAAGUAGAUAAAUAGGUACCACUCAGGCGGGAAGGUAAAUGGCAUUUCCGUGCGCUGCUCUGGUUCGCCAGAAGCGGCUUAGUCAUGCUGGCCACAUGACCCGGAAGCUGUACGCCGGCUCCCUUGGCUAAUAAAGCGAGAUGAGCACCACAAUCCCAGAGUCAGUCACGAAGGUCGUGGUUUGAAUCCCCGUUACGGGGUGAGCGCCCGUUGCUCGGUCCCAGCUCCUGCCAACCUAGCAGUUUGAAAGCACGAAGUACAAGUAGAUAAAUAGGUACUGCUCCGGCGGGAAGGUAAGAGGCGUUUCCGUGUGCUGCUCUGGUUCACCAGAAGCGGCUUAGUCAUGCUGGCCACAUGACCCGGAAGCUGUACGCCGGCUCCCUCGGCCAAUAAAGCGAGAUGAGCGCCGCAACCCCAGAGUCGGUCACGACUGGACCUAAUGGUCAGGGGUCUCUUUACCUUUACCACAAAGAAUUCUCUCUCUCAAGCCACCACCCUCCAAAGCGGAGGUGGGUGGAUGAGAGGGGUUUGGGGUCUGUGUUGUUCAGGGUUUAAGACACUAAUGUCCAGCACUUUGAGUUGGGCUUGGGAAUGUACUGACAAGCUGCAUGCAGCUGUUUCGCAACAGGGGUUAUUCGAGUAAACCGGACCCCAGCCACUCAUCUGGCUUCAUUCUAAACCUCUUGACACUUUCAAGGCAUCUCCAAGGGCAGCCCCACGUAGAGCGCAUUGCAGUAAUCCAACCUGGAAGGUAGCAAAGCAUGGAGCACCAUGGCCAAGUCAUCUCUGUCCAAAAGGGGUUGCAUCAGGUGAACGCACUGGAGCUGGUAAUAUGCACACCUGAGGGCACCCAUGUCUCCAGGGACAACAUUGGAUCCAGGAGUACCUCCAAGCUAGGUAAAGGUAAAGGUACCCCUGACCCUUAGGUCCAGUCGCGGACGACUCUGGGGUUGUGGCGCUCAUCUCGCUUUAUUGGCCGAGGGAGCCGGUGUACAGCUUCUGGGUCAUGUGGCCAGCAUGACUAAGCCGCUUCUGGCGAACCAGAGCAGCGCACGGAAACGCCGUUUACCUUCCCGCUGGAGCGGUACCUAUUUAUCUACUUGCACUUUGACGUGCUUUCAAACUGCUAGGUUGGCAGGAGCAGGGACCGAGCAAUGGGAGCUCACCCCGUCGCGGGGAUUCGAACCACCGACCUUCCGAUUGGCAAGCCCUAGGCUCUGUAGUUUAGACCUGCUAUUUCCAGGGGGAGGUGCCAUUUCCUUAAUUCUUGGACACAGGAACUUGCAGCACAUCCCAAAUCCAUGUGGUCACCUCCUCCAAGCACUGAACCACUUCCCAUUCAGAUGGAACAGAGGGGUGGAGCUGGGUGCCAACUGCCUACUGAUGGCACCUCAUCCCAAAUCUGAUGACGGGUCCCAGUGGCUUCGGGCAGAUGUUAAAUAGCAUGGGGGACGAGACGGAGCCUUUGGGGUGCCAUAGGGCGGUUCCCAAGGUGCAGAACACCUUGCCUCCUCUCCUCCUCCCCCAUAAUUGUUUUCUGAAAAGGGCUUUGAAGGUAGGAGUGGGACCGCAGUGUAGCACCCACAACACCCACUUUCUAGAAGGAUCUCGUGGUCACACUUCCCCAUCUCUCUCUGCAAAUGCCAUCAAGCAGAAUGAACAAUGUAUUUUCAGCGAAACCAGCCUGAAAUGGGUCUGAGCAUACCUGAAGCUGGGCUGCAACCACUGCUUUGAAUAAGGUAAUGGUAAAGGGACCCCUGACCAUUAGGUCCAGUCAUGACCAACUCUGGGGUUGUGGCACUCAUCUCGCUUUAUUGGCCAAGGGAGCCGGCGUACAGCUUCCGGGUAAUGUGGCCAGCAUGGCUAAGCCGCUUCUGGUGAACCAGAGCAGCACACGGAAACGCCGUUUACCUUCCCACCAGAGCAGUACCUAUUUAUCUACUUGCACUUUGACGUGCUUUUGAACUGCUAGGUUGGCAGGAGCAGGGACCGAGCAACGGGAGCUCGCCCCGUUGCGGGGAUUUGAACCGCCGACCUUCUGAUUGGCAAGUCCUAGGCUCUGUGGUUUGACCCACAGCGCCACCCUAACCCUUACCGCUUUGAAUACCUUGCCCCAAAAAGAGGAUAUUUGCCAGUGGGUGACGGCUCCCAUUACUCCAAUGAAACAUUCCUUGGAUCCACCCAGUCCACUCCUCCUUUUUUUGCUUGCUCUAAGCUACCAAGUUGAAUGAAGAUUGAGAGGGCAGGUGUUCGGCCUCCUAAAUAUUAGGAUUGCUGUACUAGGCAUGGAUUAAUUAACCCUUAAUAUCCUUCAAGCAUUUUGUCAUAUGAUCAGUAAAAGGGGUUGUUUCUGCAGCUUUUCAGAGGAUAAUUAUGGGUAGAGGGUGACAUUUACCCAGUCUCUUAGGCAGGCUAAAAUGGCAGACUUCUGGGUAGGAUGAAAAGGCAGCAAAAUGUCGGUUUUUUAAAUUAAUUACAUUUCAUAUUUUCUGCAGCAAGUACCAAAUAUUUUGGGCUGCCGCAGACUUCCUUCUCUUUCCCUGCUUCCAUCUGAUCAUCCUGUGUCUCUGAUUUAGGAUGAUAUUUAUUUUUAAACCUGGAUGCUUAUCAACCCCUUUUCUCAUUCUGACAUGGGAACCACCGCAGUUCAAGUAUUGCCCGGAGGAACUGCUGGUUCACACAUGCACCUGUAAUAUAUCUGCACACAUCUCCACCCUUGGUGACUGGCUACUGAACGUGUGAACUGACUCCCAUCGGAGACAUCCUUGUGUCUGAAAGGAUGUGUGGGGAAGCUAAGAGUUCUGCCUGUGGUUUCCAGUGUGAUGGCGCUCGGUGCAAGACAGCCCUAGAUCUUGCAGCCCUGAGUGUGCAUGUGUGAACCAGCCCUUGGCUGGCACCUGAGUGCUGUGACGGAGCAGACUCCACUGAAAAGGGAUGGGCAUGAGGCGAUGUGGGCAUUGUAACUCUGGUGUCAGAUCUUUGGCAGCCCUUUUUCGCCUACACGGCGCUGGUGCUGUCGUCAAACGAUGAGCAUGCAAUGGGUAGAACAGCUGUGAUGUGCCUCAGAGUAGCAUUCUUUCCCAAUUCCUGCAAGUUGCAGCCUGGGCUCAAUGGAAAACAGCCUUGCAGGGCCGUUGGUCCUUAGCGGCCAUGGAUACCAUUCCCUGCCUCCUGAGCCAGCCAGGAUCAUUUUGGAACCACCUGGAAAGGGACCAAACUCCGUGUGUCUCAGUCCCAUCUCCCCCACCCCUGAAUCCUGGGAGGAUUGCUCCUGUAUCAGUGCCCACAAGUCCGUGCCCUUUUCCUAUUUGCAAUCUUUCCCCAGGCUUGGAGCCCACACAGAUCACCCUGUUUUUAUCUCUAGGCACGAAGGCUUUGCGUGUCAUCUCCUGGGACAGAGAACUGGGCCUGCAGUCCCUACUAGGGAGAGUGGCAAUGGAAGGGGAGCUUUUCCACACAGCUGGUCUUAAUGUCUCCUGUUUCCCGCUGCUUCAGAGAAGGAGAGCGCAUGUCGUCUUCUCCCGGGUUCGGCCCUGAGUGGCGCAAGUCCUUCUGGCCGAGCGCAUGUGCCCACAAUUGCAUGGGGGAAACGGAAGGAAGAAGGGGGCCAGAGGCAGCUGGAAGCAAUUUCGCCGUUUCCCAACACCCCCACCCGGAUGGUGACCAGAAUAGCUGCGGCUUCCUUUGUGAAGGGCUUGGCUGGGAAACAAGGCAUGUGGGAACUGGUUCAGGCAGCAGCAGGGCUGGCAUGGAUGUUGGUAUUGGGCUCCAGACAGCUACUGCCCGUUGUUGAGUGCUCUGUGCAUAAGAUAGCAUAUGGAUGUGGGAGGGUGUGAAAUUUGCGCAUGUUUCAGGGCUUGUGCUUGGUUUGGCAGUGGUGCUUUUUAAACAUGUCCUCCCCUCUUGAACUUCACUUUGCUGUUGCCACAGACAGCUCUUGGCUUCCUCCUCCAUUACCCCUCCUCCCACCCCAUGGUGCUUUGCCAUGUGUUGAUCUGGGGUGAGGGGGGGGGAGAGGAUGGCUGUAUGUGUCAUGUCGUGUGUGUAUUAAUUGGACUAUGUACAUUAAUACAGUGGACGCUCGGGUUGCGAAUGUGAUCCGUGCGGGAUGCACUUUCACAAGCCUCAGCAGCACGUCUGCGCACGCGUGGGUUGUGAUUCGCGCUUCUGCGCAUGCACGUCUCCCAAAACCCGGAAGUAACCCGUUCCGGUACUUCCGGGUUUCGGCGGGUCCAUAACCUGAAAAAACGCCACCUGAAGCAUCUGUAACCCACCGUAUGACUGUACACAAAACUUGCCUGCUCUACGAGUAGUCCAUAGGGUGGCAACAUGAGAAUGGGCCUUUUCUGUGGUGGCUCCCCACUUAUGGCAUGCUCUCCCCAGGGAGGCUUGCCUGGCACCUUCCUUACAUAUCUUUAUGCCCUGCAAAAAAGUUCCUCUUCAGUCAGGCCUUUGGCUGAUGAAACAUUCUAUGGCCUUUUAAAUGUGUUGGGGGUGGUGGUUGGGGGUUUGUUUUUGCUCUUGUUCUUGUUACUAUUAUGUACAGUACUUUUGUAUUUUUAUGUUGUGAACCGCCUUGUGAUCUUUGGAUUAAUACUAAUACUAAUAACAUCCCCUAAGUUCCACACCAAGGAAAUCCAUGUUCCGGAUGCAGAACUGUGUUACGCAAAUCUGCAUCUGAAAAAAAAAUUAUUAUUAUUAUUUUUUGCUUGCCUGUUGGCUCAUUAUAUUCAUUAGUUGCCUCUAGGUGUUUUGACCGCACUGCCCAUCAGCCCUUCGAGGGCAGCAGGUUGGGGGCAGGCUGGUCUAAGUUACUGAGGUAACUAACAAUUAAUACAGUUUCACAACAAUACAAGACCAUCAGGUUUUUCCUGGGGGUACUCAAGGGUUCGCAGUACAGUGGUACCUCGGGUUACAUACGCUUCAGGUUACAUACGCUUCAGGUUACAGACUCCGCUAACCCAGAAAUAGUACCUCGGGUUAAGAACUUUGCUUCAGGAUGAGAACAGAAAUUGUGCAGCGGCAGUGGGAGGCCCCAUUAGCUAAAGUGGUGCUUCAGGUUAAGAACAGUUUCAGGUUAAGAACAGACCUCCAGAACAAAUUAAGUUCUUAACCUGAGGUACCACUGUACCAGCACCCCCAACGUUAAAAGUCUGGCACUUACAGUAUCAACUUCAUGGUGAGUCCUGGAACAUUUAUUUAUUUUUUUAAAAAAAGCAUUGAAUACAAUCAAAUAACAGUAUGCAAACCCAGUAAAACAACCAUAACUGAGGAGCGAACAACUUAAUUCUAGUGACGGUCAUUGUAUCUGCUGGCAGGCAGACUUCAGGUUUCUGGGAAUCUGUUUUGUUUUGUUACUCCAGGGGUGAGGAAACUUUUUGGCUCAGGGGCCGGAUCGUUAUCUGGGCCAACUUUGAUAAGGGAGGACAGGACAGCCUCAUAUCAAUUACGGUAACUGAUGCCAUCAUGAUGUCAGGUGAUUGACAAGUGGGUUGUCCCACCCACCUGCCAGAACUUUAAUUGAAACUGCUCUUGAAACAGAGCUUCCUUCCUUCCGUUUUCUUGUUUAGUUGUGUCCGACUCUUUGUGACCCCCUGGACCAGAGCACGCCAGGCACUCCUGUCUUCCACUGCCUCCUGCAGUUUGGUCAAACUCAUGCUGGUAGCUUCGAGAACACUGUCCAACCAUCUCGUCCUCUGUCGUCCCCUUCUCCUUGUGCCCUCCAUCUUUCCCAACAUCAGGGUCUUUUCCAGGGAGUCUUCUCUUCUCAUGAGGUGGCCAAAGUGUUGGAGCCUCAGCUUCAGGAUCUGUCCUUCCAGUGAGCCCUCAGGGCUGAUUUCCUUCAGAAUGGAGAGGUUUGAUCUUCUUGCAGUCCAUGGGACUCUCAAGAGUCUCCUCCAGCACCAGAAUUCAAAUUCACUAUAAUUCCUUCCUUUUUAGCAGAAAUUUAAAUGAAAAUCACUUCAUGCUAUUCGACGGGGGAUGGGAGGACACCUUGUUCCAGCAAAGGAGCGGCUGGUCCCAGUUAUUCCUUCGCAGCCACAUGGGUCCCUGUCCCAGACUUGAUGUCCCCGGUCCACCCACCCCGUACCAUGGGAGGGUCCGUCCAGAGAGGAGUUUGGAUGCUAGCAGGCCCCUGGGGUGACUUGGUGUAAAUCGGCUCCUGUUCCCUUAAGGCUGAUGCCCACUUGCCUCUCUGGCCGGGGUUUUUGGUUUGUGUUGUUGAUUUCAAUAUGACACAGUUUUGGAGUUGGGCUGCACACAUUCCUGGGUAGAUUAACCUACUAAAUAAAAGCUUUAAGGCUGCAAAUCUGUGCACGCUUUUCCUGGAAGUAAGCCCCCUCAAACACAGUGUGGCUUACUAGGAAGCAAGUGUUCAUAAGAUUGCAUAACUUAAGCUGUGUGUUCCUUUUUUCUUUUUCCCCCCUUUAGCUUCUGGUGUGAGUUGAGCAAUACUUUUUUAUUUCAAAGGUGGUCCCUCGGCGCCUUCUGACAAAGACUGUCAAUAACUUUUCCUCAUUAGGCUGCAAGUGAUUUAAAAGCUUCUCUAAAUGUCACCCCAAAAGAACCUACCGUAUGUAGUUUUUAGCAAAAUGCAAAUGUUGGUUAGUAACUCCAAAUAGAAAGAUCUUAGGAAAUACUUUGCUGUCCUUGUUUUGAAAGGCCUGGACCAUUCCUCGUAGUGAAAGGGGGAGUCAGGUUGAGUGGCUUAAACACAGGGCUCACCUUGCUUGUUUUUGUGCAUUAGUUUUUGUGCAACACGCACACAAAAUUAUCCUAUUUUUGGCAUUGGAAAGAGUAGGACUUUUCUGGUUUUGUUUACCAGUGUGGUGUAGUGGUUAAGAGCGGUAGUCUCGUAAUCUGGGGAACCGGGUUCGAGUCUCCGCUCCUCCACAUGCAACUGCUGGGUGACCUUGGGCCAGUCACACUUCUCUGAAGUCUCUCAGCCUCACUCACCUCACAGAGUGUUUGUUGUGGGGGAGGAAGGGAAAGGAGAAUGUUAGCCGCUUUGAGACUCCUUAAAGGGAGUGAAAGGCGGGAUAUCAAAUCCAAACUCUUCUUCUUCUUCUUCUACUUUAGAUAAAGCAGGCAUCAAUUAAGUGUUCUGUAACAUGCUUAAAAGGGACGCGGGUGCCGCUGUGGGUAAAACCUCAGUGCCUAGGACUUUCUGAUCGUGAGGUCGGCGGUUCGAAUCCCCGCGGCGGGGUGAGCUCCCGUCGUUUGGUCCCAGCUCCUGCCAACCUAGCAGUUCGAAAGCACCCCUAAGUGCAAGUAGAUAAAUAGGGACCGCUUUAUAGCGGGAAGGUAGACGGCGUUUCCGUGUGCUGCGCUGGUGCUGGCUCGCCAGAUGCAGCUUCGUCACGCUGGCCACGUGACCCGGAAUUGUCUUCGGACAGCGCCGGCUCCCGGCCUCUUGAGCGAGAUGAGCGCGCAACCCUAGAGUCGGUCACGACUGGCCCUGUCGGGCAGGGGUACCUUUACCUAACAUGCUUAAAAAAUGAAAUGUGUUAUUUUUCCAUCUAUAUGCCAAAAGCUUAAGUGCCUUGAUUCUUCCAUUGACUGCAUGUUCAACGCAAAGGUUGCCUCACACUUCUGUCUCUAUUCCUGGGAAUCUGGAUGCAUUUCUGCACAGCUGCUCUGUUUCUCCUCCUGAUGCUGUGGGCUCACAUUCAGCACACCUGACAGUUCACCUAUACAGUACUAUGCCUGGAUGCAGAAUGUAUUUGCAAACAAGAAUGCAGCAUGUCAGUUAAAAUCUGGCUUUUGAAACAGGGAGCUGGAUUUUGACAGUGUUGUCUUCCGCUUUAAAGCAACGCAAGUUUCUAGUUCUCAUGUUUGCUUUUUGGUGGGGAAGGGGACAAUUCAAAACACGUAGGAGAUAGUUCAUAGGGUGCAGUGGUGUCUUGCAAUGCUAUCAGCAGCAACAAACUACAUCUUGCCUCGAGGUGGCUAACCCCACAGUUGGCAGACUUUUUCUCACUCGCCACGUCACUGCCGAUUUUGGCAGUGGUGACAAAAACCAUUUCUUUAAAAGUAGAUACAUGAUGGGGUGGGGUGAAACCUAAUGCCUUGAAGGGGUGCAGAUCCCCUCUAUUCCAGUUAUCAAAUUGAUCAUUUAUUGAGUUGGGGGGGGGAAUAACCUCCCCUCCUGAGCUGAACUGCAUAGGUUAGCUGAGGUGUAGGAUCUUGUGUGUGUGUGCAAAACUCGGUGUGUGGAGACUAUAUGUACUCUGGGAGCAUGGAUUGCACACUGCCUCCACAGCCCCACCCAGGCAAGCUUGUCUCAGCAAACAGCCCCACACUGGAUUUGACCAGGACCCUCAUGUAAAAGUCCAAUCUUGGUAUGCCUGAAUAUCCUGGUUGUGUUCAAUAUAUUUUUUUUAAUUUUUAGGUAGGUUUUUUAAAAAAUCAUGAUUCCAGACCUGCUCCUUUUCCCUAAUUCAAAAUCUGGGACAGGCAUACUGGAGAGAUACUUUUUUAUUUUGCUAUUACAGUGGUGCCUCGGGUUACAUACGCUUCAGGUUACAGACUCCGCUAACCCAGAAAUAGUACCUCGGGUUAAGAACUUUGCUUCAGGAUGAGAACAGAAAUCGUGCGGCGGCAGCGGGAGGCCCCAUUAGCUAAAGUGGUACCUCAGGUUAAGAACAGUUUCAGGUUAAGAAUGGACCUCUGGAACGAAUUAAGUACGUAACCCGAGGUACCACUGUAUUUGUUUUUUCAGGAUGAUGCUUCCACCCAUGCCAUUUUGCCUCCAAGGAACUCAAGGCAGCAUUCAUGAUUCCUUAGGUUGAGGGAUAGUAACAGGCCCACAGUCAGGCGGUGAGCUUCAUGGCUGAGUGGUGAUUUUAACCCUGGUCUCCCAGACCCUAGUCUACUUUAUAUUUCUUCAUUUUAUUCCAUGCUGUGACGUGAAGCCACACUAGAAAUGGUGACAGCAGAGACCCCCUACUGAACUAAGACAAGACACUUAAGUGCUGAGUACCGUAUUAAUAAAGUUUCAGGGUUUUGGUAUCCACUGUUUCUUUGCAAAGGAAAGAGGAUAGGGAGAGAACAGGGACAGGUAGAGAAGCAGUUGUGACAGCAAGAACCCAGGUGAGCAAAGGUGAGGCACUUUUGAGUUUAGUGAGGUGCUGAGCCUUUGUAGGGACGCGGGUGGCGCUGUGGGUUAAACCACAUAGACUAGGGCUUGCUGAUUGGAAGGUCGGCGGUUCGAAUCCUCACGACGGUGUGAGCUCCCGUUGCUCGGUCCCAGCUCCUGCCAACCUAGAAGUUCGAAAGCACGCCAAAAAGUGCAAGUAGAUAAAUAGGUACCGCUCCAGCAGGAAGGUAAACUGCGUUUCUGUGCACUGCUCUGGUUUCGCCAGAAGCGGCUUGGUCAUGCUGGCCACAUGACCCGGAAAAACUGUCUGCAGACAAACGUCGGCUCCCUCGGCCAAUAAAGCAAGAUGAGCGCCGCAACCCUAGAGUCGUUUGUGACUGGACUUAACUGUCAGGGGUCUUUUACCUUUUUUUUAAAGCCUUUGUAAAACUGCAGUGUCCACAGCAUCAUUGCAAGGGAGGAGGAGGCGGAGAAAACCAAGAUAACUUGGCCACAUCACUGCAAGUCUGUUGGCCGUGCCCUUGUGACUUCUGGUUCCGGGGGACACCAGUGGCACCUGGCUAAGGGCCUCAAACGCAGGAAAUGUUCCUUUCCCACCCCUUCCUGGCUUUGAUCACCAUCUCCAGUGCAGGUUGCUUGGACUGGAGAGGCGUGAAGUUAAUAGACCUGCCCGGCAAGGUUGUGCAAACACGCAAAGCAAAUAUUCAGGCACGGCAGUGUGACGUGGCCGUGCGUUCCAGCACAGACCUUCAGGACUUUGCAUGGGGAUCCCAUGCCGUGGGGUUAUGGCAUCGGGAAUGUGACAACUGCAGAAGUUCCCAGGCCUGCGUGAUCCUGUGACAGCCUCUCCUUGUGGAAAGGAGGCGCUGUUGCAGGGCCAGGGCUUCAGUAGAAGCAUAACUGCUGGGGAAGUGAGGGCAGCCAGCAGUUCAAGCUUCUUCCCAGCCAUUGUACUUGAGGAGUGCCCUGGGAACAGGCUUCCUGUGGGCUGGGUGCUGCUUCCCAGGCCAGCCACAGCAGCAGGCCAGCUCACCUUUCCCCCAGACUGCGGCUUCUGGUUACACACCCUGGGGAGGAUAACGCCCAUCCAGGUGUGUUUCUGGAAGAGCAGCCAAAAUGGAAGAGCAUGCAAAUGGUGGUAAUAAUAAUAAUAAUAAUAAUAAUAAUAAUAAUAAAGUGGUACCUCGGGUUACAGACACUUCAGGUUACAGACUCUGCUAACCCAGAAAUAGUGCUUCAGGUUAAGAACGGACCUCCAGAACAAAUUAAGUACUUAACCCGAGGUACCACUGUAUUUUGCCCGACCAAAGGUGGCAACCCUACUUGCAUCAGAUUUCUGGACAGGUUUUUUAGCCUGCCAAGAGGCUUCAAAUGUCGAAUGGAAAUGCGGGCUUAUGUGGAGGUGUACAGUGGUACCUUGGGUUACAUACGCUUCAGGUUACAGACUCCGCUAACCCAGAAAUAGUACCUCGGGUUAAGAACUUUGCUUCAGGAUGAGAACAGAAAUCAUGCAGUGUUGGCAGCAGCAAGCCCCAUUAGCUAAAGUGGUGCUUCAGGUUAAGAACAGUUUCAGGUUAAGAACGGACCUCCGGAACAAAUUAAGUUCUUAACUUAACCCGAGGUACCACUGUAGUAGUAGUAGUAAUAAUAAUAAUAAUAAUAAUAAUAAUAAUAAUAUGACAUGCCAGGAAAAAGGGGCAACAGCCCUUUGUUUUGGAGGGGAAAUAACCCAGGACUGGGGAUGGAAGGAACUGUGCCUUAGGGUUCUCCCAGUUUCUCAUACACUAUUUCCAAUCAUAAAUCCAGUUCUCCACAUUUCUAAAUCCUUCAGUAUUUGCGUGCAGAUUUUUCCUACUCAACAUGUUUGUGCGCAGCUUUGACUAAUAAGUACAUUUUUACAAGCAAUUUCUCCUCAUGCAAUGCCUUUUGUGCGUUAUUUCCACUAAUACAUUUAUUUUUAUGAGCUCUUUUAAACCAAUAUAUUUCUGCGCGCAUUACUUAGCCAAAGAGCUGCAUUGCAAAAUUCAGGUUGUUUCCGUGGGUAGUUGCAUUCCAGUCCUCGGACGGUUUCAGAAAGUGCAGAUUUGAUAAGAUUCACCUUCAAAUGUGGACUGAAUCAAUUUUCUCCCCCAGGACUCUAGAAGUUAUGGCUUUCUAAUUUCCCUGCGUUUAAAGGCCUGUGGGUACUCAGCACCUAACUUGGCUUCCGGCCACCUUCCUCUAUCCUAGUGGCCCCAUUCCCUUACCUGAGCCAGGGUAAAAAUCCAGGUGUUCUGCAUCUUUCUGUGGGAACAUAGCGUUGAGCUAAGGAUGCGGUUGGAGAUCAAGGCAGCAGCCAGACAUCUCCAUUGCCGCUUCUGCCCCACCCAGCCUCCAGAGCACUUUCCCAGGUGCGGGCAACAGAGUUAACCCUUCCCUUUCUUGGUUCCGGAGACUCCGGCUGUGCAGAAAGGUGAUUGUAUUUUCUCGCAGGGGCAAGGAGCUUUUUCCAGCCUAGGGUGCCACAUUCCCACCAGGGCAACAUUCCCACCAGCGGGGCGGGGGCGGCCUCAAGGUGAAUUUGCGAAGGUGGGAGGUGGCGCCAAGGCCCUAACGGCUUCGCUUUGGGAUGACACUGCCUUUGAUCCCCAUCUGUUCUGCCAAAACAUGCACCCAUCUUGUGUCUCGCCCCCGUACCACCAGCAUCGGGGAACCGGUGCCAAUAUGAGGGAGUGGUGUGACUUGUCAGCAUUACUGCAAUAUUCUGUAGGGUGUGGUUGGUUUGGGGGAAAUGGGGGGAAGCCUAAGAGCGGGGAAGCAUGCCUGGCCUCGCCUGCCCUUUUGCACUGCCUGAGACAGUGGCCUCAGAUAUGGCUUUGCCAGCUGACCGGGAUAAAGACCAACCCCUCCACCUGCUCUGGUGCCUUUCAUAGCGGCUUGAUCUAAAGGAAUGAACGAAUGGAAAACAUUUUCCACUAUGUCUACUCAAAAGCAAGUCCUGCCAAGUCCAGUGGGCCUUACUUACUCCCAGGUGCAGAGUGGUUAGGAUGUUAGCCGUUAUUGUGUGGUGGUGAUGGUUAUUUCCUGGGAAAGGCUGUUAAAAGGCUUAGAGCCCCCGUAUUUACAGGACCGCCUCUCCUGGUCUGCCCUGCAGAGGACCUUAAGGUCCAUGAAUAAUCAUAGUUUAGAGGUCCUGGGCCCUAAGGAAGUCAGAUUAUCCUUCACCAGGGCCAGGGCCUUCUCAGUGAUGGCUCCGACCUGGUGGAAUGCUCUGUCCCAUGAGACCAGGGCCCUGCAGGGUUUAACCUCCUUCCGUCAGGCCUGUAAGACAAAGCUAUUCCACCUGGCUUUCAAUUUGAAUUUAGCCUGAUCUUUUAUUCCCCUUUUAUUCCCUCCCCCUCCCCUUUUUAUGAAGAUUACCCGCUCUAGGACCCCACAGCUAAUUCUCCCCUGGUCUCCUCACUGGCCCAAAUAGGACUAAUUCAGCCAGCUGGCCCUGGUGAUCAUCUAAUGUUUAUUGGAUGGAUUUCCCCCCUAAAUUGAUUUUUGAAUUCUAAAUUUAUUGUUAUUCACGUUUUAUACUGUAUUUUGUGCUUUUUUUUGUUGCAUCAAUUAAGUGUUUUAAAUUUGUUGUUAGCCGCCCUGAGCCCGGUUUUCUGAACUGGGAAGGGCGGGGUAUAAAUAAUAAAUAAUAAUAAUAAUAAUAAUUAUUAUUAUAAGACACAGCUUCAGUAGCCAACUGAAAGGCCAGCAGCUAGGGAUGGAUGAACAUGUCCUUUUCUAGUUCCCUCAGUUUCACAUUUUUCUAAUGUUAAGUUUUGCUUGGCCCUGUUUCCGCAGUAAGUCGGUGAUUUUUUUUCGGGGGGGGGGGGGAGGCUUCACAUUAAUUAAUGUUUUCCUUAAUAGGUUUUGUGUGCAGUUUUGCCCACCGUACAUUUACUUAUUUGAAAACUGUAUCCCCUAAUAUAACACAUUUUUGUAUGUUAUUUCCACCACCCUAUGCAUUUUUGCAUGCGCUUUUCCCUAAUACAUUUAUUCUUGUGUGCAGUUUUUGUUUGUUUGUUAGGGAACUGCACCACAAAAUUCUUAGAAGUGCAAAUUUAGACCCGCAUAUCAAUUCCCAUAUUGGUUUGGGAUGUGUGAAUUUGGCCUGCUUCCAUUAAAAUGUGAAUGGAACUGAUUUAUCUCCCAUCCCUGUUGGCAGCCUCAGGGCCCUUCCAGAUGCCCUGUUGUAUUGUGCAUUCACGAUGACCUGCGCUUACGAUGGUGUGUAUAAAUGAUCCCUCUUUCAAUACUGUUUCUGCCUUCUGAGGUGUCAAGAUCAGACAUACAGCUUCAUUCCCAAUCUCUGCAUGUCCCAUAGCUUCCUGCUGAAAUCUUGUAACAUUUCACACCACAAAUGUUUUGGAUUGUGUGUGUGCAUGUGUGCGAUCUCACUUUUGUUGUGCUAUAGAGCAAAAGUGCCUCUCCAGGUAACGAUGAAUGUGGUGACGUAGAGAAAGCUUUCUUCUUCUUCUUCUUCGGCGAUCACUCGUAGCCGAGUAAGAUUGUCUUCCAUAAACACGGUUUUAACAAUGAGUCCGUAGGUGACUGUGGAGGCCAAUUCUGGAUCCACACAUCCUUCCACAGUGGGGACAUUGGUUUCCGGGUGGGGGUUGAUCAUGGUGUGGGUUUGCCAAGCCUGCCUUCCUCUUAGCACGUUUCUUCCUUGCGUCCUGAGUUUGAGUGUCUUCAAAGCCCAUGACACCUUUGGUAAAGGCUGUUCUCCAACUGGAGCGCUUGCAGGCCAGUGUUUCCCAGUUGUCAGUGUUUAGUAUAAAGUGUUUUUUUUAAAAUUUGCCUUGAGACAGUCUUUAAAGCUCUUUUGUUGACCACCAGCACAACUCUUUCCAUUUUUAAGUUCGGAAUAGAGGAGUUGCUUUGGAAGACGAUAAUCAGGUAUCCGAACAACAUGACCAGUCCAACGAAGUUGAUGUUGAAGAAUCAUUGCUUUGAGCAUCACAGAACUGCUAGGCUGCUUUGGGGAUGAAGGUUGGGAAAUAAAUAAGCAGAAUGGCUGUGUGGACAGCCCAGGAUAAAUUCACCAUUUAUGCACUAUUGCUGCAUCAAUGCCUCAAAACAAACAAGCAAACAGACAGACAAAAACCCUAGGCUGGCAGGGCUCUUCAGCAAAGUCUGAUGUACAUACGCAGCCUGUCCUCUCUUACCCCAUGUCAGUUCACAAUCCCCACCACCAGAGUUAAAUGUUUUGAGCUCCCCAGGAAUGAGGUCAUUCCGAGUCUAGAAAGUCUGCUAGCCUGGACAGGGCCUGCAGAUCUCAUUCCAGGAGUUAAACAGAAUGCCACUCCUUGCCGCUGACGCUGCCAAGUCCAGGCCUUUUUUGCACUUCGGCCAUCCGAAGCGUAUCAGAGAAGCAAGCAGCGCCAUAAAUCAGAAGAGGCCAAGGAGAUCCAGGCUUAAGAGAUCCAGGCAGCUCCCUUCUCCCAGCUAACUAAUACUGCCAUCCCUGGACAGGAUUCCUAGUUCCCUUUUCCUCUUUUUUGCCCUAACCGACUGUGGCUGCAGUCCUGACCACACCAAAUUCAGUAAGACUUCUGAGUAGACAUGACAGUCCACGUUGUGCUGUGGGUUAACUUUCCCCCCAAAGCUGGACAUGAGACUCAGUGGUGCAGUAGUGUAACUUUUAGAGUCUGGACUUAAUGGGUGGGGGCUCCUUUAAUGGGAAAGUGUAUUACUUCACUGAAACUAAAUGGGUCUUACAGGAGUCGGGGGUCUUUGUUUUGUUUCCUGCAUUACUUCUGACUGAGGGCACUUCCAAAUGACCUGUUAAUAUUCAGCGUUCAUCCUGAUUGUUGUUGUUAACUAAAUUUGUAUGCCACCCUUCAUGAAAGAAGAUUAAAGGGCAUUAGCUAUUUAAUGAGCACACUGCGUUCCCCCUUACUUUCCUUAUCACAAAAGCCCCAUCUCUUUUUUUGUGGGGCGUGUGGGUUUGUUGCACAAGACCUCCCAAUAAAUUUUAACCAUGGCGUCUGAAUUUGCCAAUAUGGAACCGAAUCCCACCCCAAAAUAGCAGCACUCAGGAUGGAAGCGCCUGCAGGAUGGCGGCAGCUCCCUCAAAUCCUAGGACUCAGCACUUUCUGUGCCAUAAAAAAGGCCCCUUGCUUUUCCCAGGCAUGGCAUCUGGCUUGUUCACGACACAGGCACACGUCUGGCGUUGCACUAUUAGGGAAAUCUCUGCCCUUCUUUUCCAUCCCAUCCCUUUUUGCCCCUUGUGUCAUCCGGGUCCUUGCACAAAGCAGCAGCUGCAAAACCUACCCUCUUAAAGCCAGUGAAAUACAGAUUUAUUGUAUGUAUUUCACAGGCAGCUAGAAUGUUGUUACACAUUUAAAAUCUAGUGCAUUGAAAUACUAAGAGUAAAUGACAACAAUAAUUUUUGUGACAGCCCGUGCUGUUUUUCUAGAAAAAGAGGUGAUGGAACUCACAUAGAAUCAGAGAAUCACCAUGAAGGCCUUCCUUGUCCUCUUAUAAUAGCAAUGGCGCCCACCUGAGAGGUGCUGGAACAGAGUUCCUGUGAGUUCCGGCUGAAAAAAAGCCAUAGCUUUUUGGAAGCAGAAUGGAGUAUGAGAAGCGAGCGUGAUUUAUUUUUGCAGUGUCUUCUGAGUGCAGUAUUUGCCUCCCCUCAGUGUGAUAUUAGGAGAGGGGAGCUUCUGUGGGGUUUAUGCCUGGGGUACUACAUGCUGUCCUUCCCAGGGUGGCAAGAGGAUGUGUGGAAAUGCCAGACAGGGCAGCCUGCCAGCUUGCGCCUGAAGGGGAGGGAGGGAGGGAGGGAGGGGAACUGGGUAACAUCCUUCCUCCUCACCCACCUCCUGUCGGGACAGACUCCCCUCUAGGCAAGGGGUUGGAAUCACUGCCUGUUCUCUGGCACUCAGUAAACCCCAUGAAAAGGCAGUGGCAAUGCCUUUCCUGGCAGCGCCUCACAACUCUUCCCUCCACACCUACUUUGCAGCUGGGAAGAAGAGAAUUUAGGUAUCUUGAUUCCAGGAGCCACCCUCUUCCAACCCCUGCGGCCCUUUGUAAACCUUAGAGUGCAUUUCUUGCUGAAUUCUUUACUUCUCCAUGUCCCCAGGUGUGCUGCUGAUCAAGGUGUGCUCUGCUGCUGCUGCUGCUGCUGCCCUACUUGGCGAUUUACCCCAGAUAGUUUCACACACACAUAGACACACACACACCUGACAUAGGAUUACCAGGAUGGAGCUACAGAAUAUGGGAGAGGAUGCAAGCACCGAAAAGCUCAAUGGGACCUUGCCGGAUAGUGACAAGGCUGCUGUCCUGGAAGAUGGGUGAGUCUUGAGGGGGGUGUUAUGCACUUCCCCUCCUCAAAUUGGCUCCAGAGGGUCCUCCAACUGUUUGGAGAACAGAUUUGGGGACGGGUGCUUGUGGAGGGGCUGCAGGCAGUGUUAGAAACUCAGAUAUAUAAGCUAGGAGCCAAAUGCCUCCUUAAACCAGGGUUACAAUUGCCAAAACGGAAUGUCUAUUUGCCAUUUUGGGGCCGGGCAGCUGGAAAGUCACAUUUUUCAAGACAACUUUUUGGUUCCUGAAGUUCGUUCCGAUUGUGCAGAUAAAAUAGAACGGAUGAAAUUCUACUGGAUGGGGUAUUGUGCAUGAAAACAGUCUAGACCCAAGGGUGCCCAGGCAUGCAUCUCCAGAUGGUGGAGAUGUCAGGGGCAAAUUUUGAACUCUGGCUGCAGCGGCAAGGAGUGGAGGGGGAAACCCUGUUGCACAAGAAGAAAUGUGUUGGGUGAGCAGGACAGCAGUGCUGGGUGCAGCCCUGUAUACUGAAAUAAGGUAAAGGUAAAGUGACCCCUGACCAUUAGGUCCAGUUGUGGCCGACUCUGGGGUUGCGGCGCUCAUCUCGCUUUAUUGGCCAAGGGAGCUGGCAUACAGCUUCCGGGUCAUGUGGCCAGCAUGACUAAGCCGCUUCUGGCGAACCAGAGCAGCGCACGGAAACACCGUUUAGCUUCCCGCCAAAGCGGUACCUAUUUAUCUACUUGCACUUUGACGUGCUUUCAAACUGCUAGAUUGGCAGGAGCAGGGACUGAGCAAUGGGAGCUCACCCCGUUGCAGGGAUUCAAACCACCGACCUUAUGAUCGCCAAGUCCUAGGCUCUGUGGUUUAACCCACAGCACCACCCGCAUCCCCCUGUGUACUGUAAUACAUCAGAGUAAAUAAGAGGGGGGAUUGGGGUGGGUAGGGAGAGCUGCUGUGUUGAGAGGUGUUAUGCGUCUCAAGACAAGAUGUUGGGGAUGAAUGAUAAGGGAGGGCGGUUGCUUUCUUGUCCUGCUUAAGCUUUCCAAAAGCAUCUGGCUGGUUGGAGAAAGAGCACCACAGCCUUCCCCAAUCUGGUGCCCUCCAGAUGUUUUGGACUACAAGUCCAACAUCCCCAGCCAAUACUGUCCAAAAUACCUGGAGAGCACUGGUAGGGGACUGGAUUGUCCAUACCUUUCAUGUGAUUGCUGUUCUUACACUCUUAGGUUGGAUAAUGGGAAGCAGAUUGUUUAGGUUUCAAGUCCCAUCGAUGCACUGGGAUCAUAGCCUGAUUUUGUGUGGAUUGUGGCAGUUUCCAAGACUGGGCUCUUAGCUUCCCCUCUGUGGAUGGAACAGUGUUGCACAGAAUGGGGCUUUCGUUCCUCCUGCUUCCUGACAAAAGUGGUUCUGGGGGUUGGAGUGCCCUUUGUGUGAGAGAUGGGGCAGGGGGCAAGGCCAGCCCUACCACUAGACCGAGUGAAGGGGUCUGCCUCAGGCGGCAGAUUCUGGAGAGUCCCUUAAGGCCUGCACUGUGUCCCUGAGCUCAGUUAGCCCUCUGGUGUGGUGGAAAAUCCUGUCCCAUCACCACCUCUGAAGAUAUAACUCCUGGACUUCUGUGCAUAGAAUGAGGGGGAAAUGCAACUUAUCCUUUAAUUUAAGCAACAAAACACCAAGAGGGGGUCGCUGCAGGUUGGGGAGGGAAGUGACAGAUUUCCCCCUCUUUCAUGAAGAGCAGCUUCAGAUCCCAGCUAUUAUUUGCCCUUCAUGUAAACUUGGGCUGUGCAAAUAAUGGAUUAGUCACUAAUGCAUUCUUUCAGAGCCUCCCUACUGAUGUGUCAAAAUUCUGCAGGUGUGUCAAGGCUGUCAAAUGAUGGUCACAUAUUUUUAAAGCCUUCACUGCUGGAGCAACAAUAACAAGCAAGAUAGCCUAAUCAUUAACAGGUUUGAUAAUUAGGCUGAUGACAGUAAUAAAUUAAGCUGCCAUCCUGUGCUUAACCUGAGAGUAAGCCCUACCAAAAUGGUUGGUUCUUGCUUCUGAGUUGACACUGUGCAGUUAAUUAACGGUUGUUGUGAAAGAAUGAAAAUAGCUUUAGUAGUAAUUAAUCACAUAAAAGAAAAACGGACACAUUUUAAUUACGCCAGGUGAGGUUUGUGUGAACGUGGAUGAUUCACUCAACAAUUUUUCUCUUCAGCUUUUAUCCUGGAGCACCAGGGCUGGUCUGCAGUUACACAAUUAAAGAAAAGAAACAAAACGAAGCAAAGAAACGGAGACUAUUAAGAAACAAAGGCCAGUUUUUAAAGGCAAGGUGUGCUCCGUAGGCAGCAGAUUGGUUCUUCAAGCAGAAUAGGAACACAGGAAGCAGUCUUACUCUGAGCCAGACCAUUGCCUCAUAUCUUCUUCUUUGGCGAUCACUCGUAGCUGAGUAAGAUUGUCUUCCAUAAAAUGGGUUUUUGGAAGACGCCUGUGCGUGAAUUUGUUUUAUGUGUGUAGAUCAGUGCAUGCUGACCAACACAAAGUCUUUGCAGUAGGGCUCUCUUCCAGGGGUCAGCAAACUUUUUCAGCAGGGGGCCGGUCCACUGUCCCUCAGACGUUGUGGGGGGACGGACUAUAUUUUUUGGGGGGGGGAUGGACGAAUUCCUAUGUCCCACAAAUAACCCAGAGUUGCAUUUUAAAUAAAAGCACACAUUCUGUUCAUGUAGAAACACCAAGCAGGCUCCACAAAUAACCCAGAGAUGCAUUUGAAAUAAAAAAGACAACAUUCUACUCAUGUAAAAACGCGCUGAUUCCUGGACCGUCCGCUGGCCAGAUUGAGAAGGUGAUUGGGCCGGAUCCAGCCCCUGGGCCUUAGUUUGCCUACCCAUGCUCUAUUCUGAUGGCAUGAGUAUCACGAUGACCGGUAGAUUCUUAUCUGCUGCAGCCUUCAACUGCCUUCAGAGCCAUUGUAACAUACCGCUUGUUAUCAUCCGCCUGUUCUGCCAUUGAGGAUUUCUUGGAUCAUUCUUUGACUAGCUCCUUCCUUUUGACCUUACCGCCUUGGGUGACCCUGCUGGGAGUACGAGACUCCCGAUGGCUUCGCUCACAAGGGUCAUAGGAACAUGCAAGCCCACUCACCAGGACAAGGUGAUGAUCCAGCGAGUGAGAUUGCCUGAUAUAGCCCAGUAUGGUCCACACUGACUUUCUCAGCCCUACCUGGCGGUGCCUGGGAUUGAACCCUGGCCCUUCUGAGCUAUGACCCUUCCUCGCUGGGAUGUUAGAUUCUCCUUCACUGCAGCCAAACAUCAGGAAAUCAACUGGUGACAGUAUUUGAUGGGGGGAAUUGACUGGCUUGCUGAGCUGUCAGAACAGAGCAUCCGGGGGUGGGGCGCAUACACACAAAAUGUGAGUGCAUUUGUUUUGGACAGAGCCAUUUUGCAGGCUUAGCACCUGGGGUUCUUGCUGAUGCCCAAUUCUGGGGCUGCGUCCAUUGCCCUGAUUCUGUGUUUCUUUCCCUUCCAGCUAUGAGGAAGAAGAGCGUGCUUUGACUGAGGAAGAGGAGUUCCUGCCCCACAUUGCUAGCAAGAAACUGAACCAGUUCACUGACGUAGGUGGCCGUAGAGCCCAGAUAUUCUCAUCUCACCCUGGGUAGAAACUGAGACUAUUGACAUCCAUUCUUAAGAGGUCCCAAUGUACAGGAUAUCUGCUUUCUUUGAACUCCAGUUAACAGUCCACAUGCCCUCUCCCUAACCAUAUAUAGGACGAUCCUCCGUACUCAGAAUUUAUGGGGUUGGCAAGGGGCUCUGUGCAUGGCCAACGGAUGUUGCAACCUUUGCUUUCCUCAUCUUUCCUCCUGCCCUCAUUUCUGCCGGAUGCACCUUUUGGCCACUUCAGAGCUGAAGCCACCAGGAGAAUCGCAUGCCAUCGCUUUUCCUGGAUGGUGCUAUUCUGUUCAGACGGCAGGUGGGGAGGCUGCAUUGAAGGAUCUCCCAUUUAAACCAGUUCAUGCCAACAGAAAACCAGCAUGGCCUAGAGGAGGCUAGCCACAAGAGCUGUUCUCUCCAACAUGCUAGCGUUAUAUGUGGAAGGAUUUUAUUAUAUUAGGGAAGCAUUCAAGCAUUGUGAUUGCACCCCUCCAGUCGAUCUCCAGUGGCACAUCCCAGUAGCAAGAGCUGCACCCAAACAAGGCAACCAGUUCCUCUUUUGAGAUUCCGUCUUUAUCAUUGUCCACAGUUUCUCCCUUCAUUCACUUGCUUGCCCCCUUUUUUUUAAAUUUCUGCUGAUUCUCUGUGGCCCAUUUCCUAUUAAUGAUGCUUACUGUGGGCACAUAAGCAUAUUUAUAUCCAUUACAUUGGAUUCCAGGCUCCAGGCUCACGACCAACAGGAACCUAUUCAAAAAUAAUUUAUUUUUAUUUUUUUAUAACAAUUUAUUGGUUUUCCAAAAGUAGCAAAACAAAAAAACAGAAAAGAAAACAUUCAUAACCAAAUUAAACCAUAAAUUUUUAGUCGACUUCCCUCCACUCCCCCUCUUGGUUCCAUUAUAAUGUACCAUAUUUUUCGCUCUACAAGACGCACCAGACCACAAGACACACCUAGUUUUUGGAGGAGGAAAACUAGAAAAAAAAAAUCUGAAUCUCAGAAGCCAGAACAGCAAGAGGGGUCGCUGCGCAGUGAAAGCAGCAAUCCCUCUUGCUCUUCUGGCUUCUGGGAUAGCUGCACAGCCUGCAUUCGCUCCAUAAGACGCACACACAUUUCCCCUUACAUUUUAGGAGGGAAAAAGUGAGUCUUAUAGAGCAAAAAAUACGGUACUUUUUAUGCACGUCCAUAGAACCUUAUAUACUUAACCAUCCAAUUUUAAAACCUUCUUCAUCUUAUUAUAAGUGACUUUUGAAAGUUAUAGUAAUGUAAAAAUCUGUUCACAAAGCUUAAAAAAUAUGCAUUGAACAAUUGCCCUUUUUUUGUAAUAAUUUGUCCUGCAUAGUUCAGUAAUUUAUAUUGCCAAUCUUCUUCUUGAUCUUCUUUGGCCGAAGCUUUUUCCUUCCAUAGGGGCUGCUUGGUCUUAGCCUUGCAUCCAGUCUCGCAUAUUGGAACAGAGCCUUUCGCUCAAACAGUUCAUCAAGUCCUGUACAUCUCAAUAUCAUUUUUUUUUCACGCCAAAAAAUAAAAUUUCAAGCAGCAGACAAAUACCAUGCAGCUUGUGCAUCUGGAGGUGGAUUGUACAAUUUCCCAUGCAGAGUCUACUUUAUUUUGCACAAUGCCAUUCUGCCUCUGUGCCCCCCCCUCCAGUAGCACAGAGCAUCUAUUGUAGGCAUAGUAGGUGGUGGCAGGCAGCAAUGUUGGGGGGGCUCCUGUUGAAUUUCAUCUGUGAUGUAAAUGGCAGCACACUGGUCCCUGCUGUAAUGCGCAGGGCCGGCCCAAGGCGGUUUGACACCUGAGGCCACAAAAUGGCGCACCCCCAACCCGGGAGCAAAGGGGGAGUGAAGAUUUACAUUGGACACAAAAGGGGGGACCAAACCAACCUUCCCAGGUGGUUGAAGUGGGAAUCAAAGGCAGUGGUGUGUGUGGGAAGGGGUCUGCUCUGAAUCACGCUGGGUGGGUACAGAACCCAGGAGACUCCAGAGGGCAGCCACCCCCCCACUUUCCUCCCUAGGAGUGGGAGGAGACCAGCGGUGCCAAGAGGCCACAUUGGGGGCAGGGCUGCCAAGGUGGCAGCGGAUCCGCUCUCCAACAUGUUUACUUCAGCCAUUGAUGCCACCAUGCCUUUCUUGGAGGUCGGAAAUGCUGCUCCUAUGGAUGCUGCUGCCUGAGGCAGUCACCUCAGCUUGCCUCAUGGGUGGGCAGGCCGCGGUGAUGUCUGUGCCAUUUUGUCCCCUUUUAAAAAGUCUCUUUAGAGUAUUAUUAUAAUUAUUACUUCUUUAAGAGAAGAGGCAUCAAACCCAGAGGGCCAAACUACGCACCCAGCAGAUAACCAGACCCCACAGCCAUAAUUUUUCACUGAAGGAUGCCAGUCCCGCUGAAUCCGACUACAAUGGUUGGUUCAGUAUCUGUUGGAUGCUAAAGUUGCGUUUCCAUGUCAAAGAGUUAGACCUGUCUGUUCUGAACUCUGGCCAUUCUUCUGCUAGAAGCUGACUGCCAGUCCUGCUGUUGUCUCUCCUCCUCAUACUUUGCGCGUCAAAACCGUACUGCCAGUUUAAAGCCCCCUCCUGCCCCCUCCCAUAUUCUGCCUUUCAAGAGACUUUCACUAGCCCAAUCUGUUCCAGCUGCUCUGAGGCUUGAGCAGAGGAGCCCCUGCAUCUCCCAGGUCCUCAGUCUGAACUGAGGAGCUUCCCCAGUCGGCAACCGUCCAGGUUUCCCCCUAGUCUGCAACCCCCAUCAGCCCGUUAUUCUGGCCAGCGAUUAAGGAUGAUGGGCUCUGUAGUCCUUCAACAGCAGGAAGGCAUCAGGUUGAGGAAGGCUGGUCUAAAUGUUUGCACUACGCCUUGCCUCCCACAUGGCUCCUACCAGCCAAGACCCCCACCCCUGACCCAACUACCAGCAUGAACAUCAUGUUCUCCAAGUUCUUUUUUCUUCCUGGCUCCUAGACUCUGUCAUAGGUGCCAGUCCCUUUACGUCAGGAGUGGGGAACCUGUGGCCCUGCAGAUAUUGCUGGACUCCCAACUCCCAUCAGCCCCAGCCACCGUAACCAACAGUCAAGGAUGAUGGGAGCUGUAGUCCAGGAAGUCGUAUGGCUCCCUUUCCCUGCUGUGCUUUGUUGUUGUUGUCAACAGUGCAUUUUCCACAACACAGUCUCUCCCCCUCCACAAAAGUGAAACCCUUUGCUUGUGUUUCGUGUGCCCCACCAUUUUUCUCUGACCUGAUUUUUUACUCUUCCUUCCCCUCUGACUUGCAGUUUGAGGGAAAGACGUCCUUUGGCAUGUCGGUUUUCAACCUGAGCAACGCCAUCAUGGGCAGCGGCAUUCUGGGCCUGGCCUACGCCAUGAGGAACACGGGAAUCGUCCUUUUUGUGUGAGUGCCCCUGCCUGGCACACCGGCCAGGGAGGCUUCAAAGCCCUGGGGAGAAGGAAGCGGGUGGGAACGCGCCCCACUCAUCCCACCCAAGGGCACAGGCCAUUGGCAGGGCAGCACGCACAGAGCUGCCUCUGGGGAGCACAGCUGAGCAGCAGCAGAGCAGCAAACUCCCAAGCAGGGGCUCAUAGGAGCAGAGGAAGCGGCCCAACACAGAGCCAGAUCAUCUAGCUCGGUAGCAUUUGCAGGGACCGGCAGCGGCUGUCCAGGCUUUCAGGCACCUGAGAUGCCAGCGAUGGAACCCAGGACCUUUGGCAUGCGAAGCAGAUGUGCUGCCUAGAGCAGGGCGGUCCACCACAUGGCCCUCGGGCCGCAUCCGGCCCUCAGUGCCUUUUUUGGCUGCCCUUGCCAACAUUUGAUUCUCGCCCUUGCCCAGCCCUCGCCCUGGCUUCCCACAUCUGGGUAAGUGAAGCGUUGGGAAGGAGGCAUGAGGCUUUGCCAGGGUCCUAGAGCCUCCUCCCUAAAGCCUACUUAGAGCUUUCCCAGCUUUGGGGAAAAGGUGGAAGGGCUCUAGGACAAAUGUCGGCUUUGCUCCCCGUCUUCCCAACAAGACAAGCGUGCAGCACAGAAGUUCCACAUCAAAGUACACUUGUAGCCCACUUGGUAUGGAAAGUUGGACUGCCCUGGUCUGAGGUUUGAUAGGACUCUGUGGCCUCUGGGAUUCUGUGCCUGGCUGUGGGAAGGGAGGGAGUUAGGUUUGGAUUUGAAGCUUGGGGAGUUGGCAGGCCCUGCCCUUGGGACAACAGUGUGUGGCUGAUGCUUGCUUUUGUCCAUCUCUUCACUAGGGUGCUUCUGAUCUGCAUUGCUUUGCUGUCCUCCUACUCCAUCCACCUGCUGCUGAAAUGCGCUGGCGUUGUGGGUAAGUUGUGGGCAGCGGUAGACGCCCUUCGCUGCUCCUCGGAUGUCAUCUGUACUUGCCCCAAGAGGCACAAAUCAAAGGUGUUCUGGCCGUGGGGAGUAGGAAACUUCAUUCCUCUGUCUGGAGUCAGACAGUAUCUUUAGAGGAGAAUUGGAAUUGGUUCAAGAAGGGUUUUGCUGACACGCUGUAUUUGUGAGUGCACAGAUCUUUAUUUUUCAUAAUAAUAAAUUUUAUUUAUACCCCGCCCUCCCCAGCCAAGACCGGGCUCAGGGUGGCUAACACCAAAUAAAAACAAUUGAUUGAAAUAUAGCUUAAAAAACAAGAUUAAAAUGCAACUUUAAAAUGCAAUGUCAUUUCAGUGGAAACUUAAUCAAAAAAAUUUGGGGGGAUAAAAACGUCAAGUCUUCACUAAGGCCCAGCUCUGCCUCUGGCUGAAGAGGCUUUGAAGGCUUUUGGAACAGUACCAACACUUGCCAAAUCUGACAAGCCAUGGCAGAGAAACCCAUGCUUUAAACGUUCUCCUCAGCCUCUCUUGCACAACUUCUGCCACCUGCAGCUUCCAAAGUGCCCAGAUUCCUGGUUUUUAAAAUGAUUGAGGCAUGAGGUGAGUUGGCAUUUGCAAUUGAGUUGGAUCUCUGUAGUGUUUUGUGUCAGCUGGGACCAGGCAAGCUAUGCCUGAAGAGCAUGUUUGGGCCUCCUUUCACUGCCUUAACGUAGAAUCGCACACUUUCCUGACGAGGCAGGAUAGGGAAAGUCCCGUGAGAGCUGGAGUGGCGAGUGGCAAUGUUCAUGAUGGGAGAAGCCUCACUGGUAAAUAGAGGGGAGGUGGCUGAACUGGAGGAGCGGUGACACUAACCGGGAGCCAUGGGUUACAAGUAAGGUGAUUUCCUAGGCAUUUGUGAAAAAACAAUUACAACAACAAUCUGCACCUCUCUUUUUCAUCUAGGAAUUAGAGCCUACGAACAGUUGGGACUCCGGGCUUUUGGCCACGGGGGCAAAGUGGUUGCAGCUGUGAUAAUCUCAAUACACAACAUAGGAGGUAAGGGCUUGCUCUGACCCAUAGAUGUUCUGUGAGGCUAAGAAACAAUCUGUCACGGUAACACAAAGCCCACCCAACCCCCCCAAGUCUGGGACUCCACAACCUGUAGGCAUUAUUGAUUGUCUCCCAACAUAAUGGCAAGAAGCAUCCCAUCCAUUCAUUUCUGUUUGUGCAGUAGAACUUCCUCCCGCUCUCCCCCCCUCCAUGCAACCCCCCCCCCAAACAGCUCCAGGGGUUCCCCCAACCCUUCGGAGAAGAUUUGGGAGGGUGUGGGGCUUGCACAGGGUGAUUAGAGGAGGAGAAAGUCUCCUUGUGCAAGUGGAAAUCCUUGCGCUUACAGGGCAUGUUACCUGGAUACUGCCCUGAACGUUUAGUCCAUUUGUCUGUGCCAAAUUUAUUCUGUAUUACUGCUAGCAGGAGAGAAUGUGUGGGCACAGAACUGUAUAGGGUGCCGAAACUCUGGUCAUUUUCUCAUGAAUUCCGCAUCAUACCCGCUACCUGAUUUGGUUUGUAUGCGAAAUGGUGGAAAAAUUUUGUCCUGCGGCCCUGCUGAUUGCUCUCCUCCUGCCAGGUCAAGAAGGGAAAUCCUCCUGACAGCUUUUUCUUUUCACAGCAAUGUCCAGCUACCUGUUUAUCGUUAAAUCUGAGCUACCACUUGUGAUCCAAACUUUCUUAGGGCUGUCAGGGGACAACGGGUAAGCAAAACAACCUCCAGUUCAAUUCUUAGUCCUUCACUGACCUUUCCCCCUCUGUUGUUUCUGUUUUCUUUUUAUUUAUUUUAAAAUAAAAAUUAGGAAGGGCCAGUGACCACACUCAGUGUACAAAUUUAAUCAGAAAAGAAAUAGAAGGUGACUUAGUAGGGCCUCACUUGAUCUUGCUUAGCCUUUCAUCUGCAACCUUUCUGAGUGCUUUUGGCAUUUUCAAAAAGAAUUGUGAGCACCGCAACAAAAUGGUUGCCAUGGCAGGCCACAAAAUGCCUGUGGUGGCCUGUGGAAGUGUGUUCUGCUAUGAUUUGCUGUCCCCUCCCCUGCUUGCUCACAAUGUGGGGUGUGUGUUUUGUAGAUGCUGAGAGGGAGGCAGCCUGGCUGGGAGCAGGAAAAAGGGAAAAUGCACAGAGUCCAUAUCUUUCCAAGGCAGGGUGUGUGUGUGUGUGGAGAGGGGUGUGAAUGCGACAAAAACAUCUGUCACCCAGAGAGAAGGAGGUUGGAAAGCAAGCAAACAGACCCCAGAACGAAGUAUGGCUGGCAGGGGGAAAUGGGAUGGCAAACCAAGAAACAGAACGUGGAUGUUUGGGUGGGAAGCAUCAGAGCCCCAGAGCUGAGGAAGGGCAACAACAAACACAAACCACUUCCGGGUUUAGGGUGGUUGCCCCACACGGGGUGCCAAGCUGAGGGACACCAAAUUGAGGAGAUCUGCUAGAUCCAUUUGAGGGUGCCAACUUUUGGUCUUGCUCAGUGCGCCGUUUUGCGAAAUGUUGCCAAAGUCCACCCCUGCACAAACUUCCAGAGUGGAGGGGAAAACAACAACAUAUGAUGAUGAUGAUUUAUUUAUACCCCACCCAUCGGGCUGGGUUUUCCCAGCCACUCUGGGCGGCUUCUAACGAAAUAUAAAAAAUGCAAUAAAACGCCAAACAUUAAAAACUUCCCUAAACAGGGCUGCCUUCAGAUGUCUUCUAAAACUCAGAUAGUUCUUUAUUUCCUUGACAUCUGAUGGGAGGGCGCUCCACAAGGCGGGCGCCACUACCAAGAAGGCCCUCUGCCUGGUUCCCUGUAACUUUGCUUCUCACUUCUUCAGGUAUAUACAGAAGAACCCUUGCAAGGAGGAGGACCAAACACUGACACUCCCCCCCCCACCCCGCUGUUGUCAAGAAAGAGAGGGGAAUAAACAACAACAAUAGCUCAUACUCCCAGAGGAAGAGGAGAAAACACACACACACACACACACACACGGUCUUCAGUUCCUUCCUUCCUUCCUUCCUUCCUUCCUUCCUUCCUUUCUUCUCUUACUUCCUCCCUCCCUUCCUGGGCAUCAUUACUGCUAUAGGCACCAUGUUGAGGACAACCAGACUUGAGUACUACUUAGUACUCCCUUUAGUAGUACCCCCUAAGUACUACUAAAGCAAUUAACACCCAUUUCCACAAUCCCUAGCGUGGACAUAGGGAACCUGGAGCCCUACAGAUAUAGUUGGACUAGAAUUCCCAGCAUCCCUGGCCACUGUCUCUGCUUGAUGGGAGUUGGAGUCCUGGAAGGUCACCCCAGGUUCCCUGGCCCUGCCUGGACGCAUUCCUCGGCUUAUUCCACAGGAGUUUUUUGUGUGUGUGUGAUUUCAACUUAAUAACAGUUGUUUUUGUUUUAUUUAACGAUGGCCAACAGAUUUUUAAAUUAAAAUCCGUUUUCGAGCCAGUGAGAACACCCAGUAGUUUCACCUCAGAGUCAACUUGGGGGCAGCACCCAAUCACAUCCGUGGUUAUUUUAAGGAUCUGAACCCGCAUUGACCUUCCCUCUGGAGCCAUCGUAGGACCACUGUGACCCGCGAUGAAAGUGGAUCAGGAUUCUUCCCCUUCUCUCUCUCUCUCUCCCUCCCCCAAUCUUGGCCCUUCCCUUCAAGCUAGGUCUGCUGUGAGGCCUUCGGAGCCGUUUUAUGGAGGGAAGCAGCUGGCGUUUUUUGGCUCCAUUUCCCUUCUAUAAAUGGCUCCCAGCGUGGGGCUUGCGGCCCUCUUCACAUGCCUUCCCUGAGCAGGAGAGCUUCUGGGGCCUAGCUGCCCCCAGCCACUCCUCAGCAGUGUCCUGAAUCGGAGGACCCGACCCCCCUCAAACAGAAACGCGUAGGGCACAUUCCCCCCCAAGUGAAUUACAACCUUCCCCUUGACACCUGUACUUGAGGUUUGCUUUGAACCUGGGGCCAAACUACCACAUCGAAACACAGCUGUCUUGUAACAUUAUCCAGUCCAGAGUCAGAUAAAGGGAAGGAGGAAAAGUGGCUGGAAAAGAAGGAGUUUUUGCAGAGGAAAGUGACCAGAAAGAAGGUUAAGCGCCCCUCCGUUCCCUGCCGCUACUGCACCAAAAAUCAGCCCCCCCCCGUCCCCAUCCCCAAGGCUGCCUCGUAGCAAAGUAACCUCUGGCUAAUGUUUCACAUAGCUGUGUUGUGUAACAUGUUGUUUGAACCUCUCACUCCCAGCUGUUAAAAACAGUAAAUCAAAAUGCUAAGUUUCUGGGGUGAGGGAGAAUCUCGCUCAGUCAGCCUUGAGGCCCAGGGCUGCUACUGUUGGAGAAAGUGGGCCCGUGAGUUGAAUAAAUAUUAUUUACUUCUUAUAUAUUUAUAGACCACCUUUUUCUUCUAACAGUCUCAAGGUGGUGUACAUGGUUCCUCUCCCCCCCCACCCCCAAUUUUAUCCUAACAACAAUCCUGUGAGGUAGGUUAGGCUGCGAGAUUGUGACCCAUUGAACUUCAUGGCUGAGUGGGGAUUCGAACCCUGGUCUCUCCCAGCUCCUAGUCCAGUACUUUAACCAUUUUGCCACACUGGCUAUUGAAAAGAUAGAUAUAGAAAAGAUGAUGCCAGGUUCUGGUGUCCAUUGUGCCGGCUGAAUGUAGCCCUGGAACCCCUUGGUGGGCUUCACGGAGCAUGGUAGAAGAAAACUUGCCUUCCAUUUCACUCAAAAGGAAAAGAAAAGCUACACCUAUACAGUGGUACUUUGGGUUAAGAACUUAAUUCGUUCCGGAGAUCCGUUCUUAACCUGAAACUGUUCUUAACCUGAAGCACCACUUUAGCUAAUGGGGCCUCCUGCUGCUGCCGCCGCGCCACCGGAGCACGAUUUCUGUUCUCAUCCUGAAGCAAAGUUCUUAACCCAAGGUACUAUUUCUGGGUUAGCGGAGUCUGUAACCUGAAGCGUCUGUAAACUGAAGCGUCUGUAACCCGAGGUACCACUGUAUAGUGGUACCUCUGGAUACGAAUGGGAUCUGUUCCGGAGCCCCGUUCGCAUCCUGAAGUAAACGUAAGACGCAUCUGCGUGUCUGUGCGUGCAUGGGUCGUAUUUCGCUACUUCUGUGCAUGCGCGUGAUGUCAUUUUGAGCAUCUGCGCAUGCAUGGGCGGUGAAACCCAGAAAUAACAAGCUCCAUUACUUCCGGGUCGCCGUGGAGUGCAAUCCGAAAAUACUUAACUUGAAGCUACUUCAACCCGACGUAUGACUGUAUUGUGGCUGAUUAUGUGGAGUGACUAAAAGGGGGUGGGGGUGGUCACUGUGUACAGUUAGACUACCCUGAGACAACUUCCCGCAAAAUGUUGUCUCAGGGUAGUCCCCUGGUCUAGAAGACAUUUUGUGGUUUUUUAUUCUCAUGCCUCCACUUAGAGUCACUGGGGUUAGGAAAGUUUGUUUUUGAAAACUAAAAAUUAAAGCUAUCAAUAUUCUGUUGAGGCUCCCUUAUACAGUCUGGUUCAUCCAGCGCUGUUCCAUCUCGUCUUGAGAGCUGCUGGAUCUCCCAGGUUUCUGGCAGAGGGCUUUUCCUAGCGUUUGGUACCCAAGAUAUCUUAUAAACUGUCUAGUUAAGGAGUGCAGUCUAAAAACAAACUAUAUACCAUUAAAAAAUAAAAUAGAAAUGCGUAUUAAAACAGUUAAAACCACAAUAUAAAGGUAAAGGGACCCCUAACCAUUAGGUCCAGUUGUGGCCGACUCUGGGGUUGCAGCGCUCAUCUCGUUUUAUUGGCCGAGGGAGCCAGUGUACAGCUUCCGGGUCAUGUGGCUAGCAUGUGGCAAACCAGAGCAGCACACGGAAACGCCGUUUACCUUCCCGCCAGAGCAGUACCUAUUUAUCUACUUGCACUUUGACGUGCUUUCAAACUGCUAGGUUGGCAGGAGCAGGGACCGAGCAACGAGAGCUCACCCCGUCACGGGGAUUCGAACUGCCGACCUUCUGAUCUGCAAGUCCUAGGCUCUGUGGUUUAACCCACAGUGCCACCUGUGUCCCAAAACCACAAUAUAGAAACACAUAAAAACAUGCAAAAAAUCAAUGAAACAGAAAUCCAGAGGAUGGAAAACAGGGUCUGAUCUCAUGGGUCAGAGAAAGCCUGGGCAGAAGAUAAUUCUUUCCAAGACAUAUGAAGACACCUGUAUGGCAAAGGGAAGCACAUUCCACAGUACAGGGGCAAUAACAGAAAGUGCCUGUUUUGGGCCACCGCCCUAUGAUAUUCUGUAGGGUGUGAUGCCGCAAAGGCUUACAAGACAGGUGAUCUUUCAGGGAAGCUGGACCUGAGUUUUUCAGAGCUUUGUGUGUCAACAAGACCUUCAACAUGACCCGGUAGCUGACUGACAACCAGUGCACAUCCUCAGCACUGGUGUAAGGAGAGCCCAGUGGCUCCUCUCAGCUGUCCAGAUGCAAAAUUCUGCAUUAUCUGCAGCGACUAGAUCCAUCUCAAGGGAAGCCCCACGCAGAGCACAUUACAGUAGCAGGGAAUGGCAAACCGGAGUCUGUUGCAGUAGAAAUAACUUCAAAAGGCAUUUGCCAUGUGCACAAGCUUUCUGAUGACAUGGACAGCAGCUUUCCAAAAGUUUAUAAAAGCUGCCAGACCUUGAGGGUGCCAGGUGCGUUUGUUGCUUUUCGUAACGUGGCUUCCUGUCUCGGAAGUAUUCUGCUGGUUGUUCUUGCUCAUUAAUAUCCAUAUAGACUUAACGGAGGGGACGGGAUUGAGUGAGCAAAUGCCAAGGAGAACCGGGACCCUGUGCUUCCCAGCCACUGUGCAAAAGGGGGAAUUCAAGCUCAUUGCACAAAGGCGAGAAAAGCUGCCUGAAUUCCCUCUUGGAUGCAACGGUUAAAGGACAGGAGCCCUGCUUACUUUUGCCUCUGUUCACCUGAGGGGGAAAACGUAGCAUCCAUUGGCUGUUGUGACCUUGAUAUUGUUUGUUUUCAGCGAGUGGUACAUGAACGGGAAUGUCUUGAUCAUCGUUGUCAGUGUUGGUGUCAUCCUGCCCCUGGCUAUGAUGAAACAUUUGGGUAAGUGGUGGAGAGCAUCUUGGGUAAGCAAUGGCCCAGCCACGGGGUGUGUGUGUGUGUGUGUGUGUGUGUGUGUGUCUGCAGGGCCGUCUUUACCCAGCGGUGCGGGGCACCUGGGGGGCAGCAGGCACCUGUCACUGAAGCUGCCUAAGCUCUAAACUAUCUACCUGGUGGGCGAUUGGUGACUGCGGCAAUGUCCGCUGUGUAUUGGCUGCCGCUGCGGCAAUUGUGAGUGACAGGUGGCUGCUUCUGCUGAUCGGGCAGACGCUAGGCAGCAAUGGCAGCACGCGUGAUUGCAAGCGGCGCUCCGGCGGGUGAGUCAUAAUAAUGUUUAAUUUGGGGGCGCUGGGCAGAUCUUUGCACCCCGGUGGUGCAUAUGCUAAAGACGGCCCUGUGUGUGUGUGUGUGUGUGUGUCACUGCAGUGAACAUUUCCUUCCUUCUUCCCUGAGAGUUGAAGGCAAUGUUGUUUGUGUCUCUCCCGCCCUCUGCUGGAGGGAAUCAGCUUUGGCAUCAUAUGAGUAGCAUCCUGUUCUCACACUGUCCCGACAAACCUGCUACUUCUUCUGGGGAAUUACUUUUCCCUGUCAGCUUGCAUGCCCAUGGGAAAUGUUGCGGGUGAAGAAGAAUCUGUAUGUCCUGUUGCAGGGGGUUGGGCCAGUCUUAAGAAAUUUAUUUGAAGUAAAUAAAUUGGUGUCAAAGUUUACUUCUAGAGUAGGUUGCCACUUACCUCUGUGCUCCCAGAAUGUUCCUGGAAUGAAGAUAGGGUGGCCCGUGGCCACCAUUAAGAGGGUCCUUUCACAGACAACACACACACGCCCUUUCCUGAUCAAGUAAUUAAUAUUUUUUAAAGAUGCCACUGUCUCCACUGCAAGCAGACCUUUGCCCAUGUGAAUCACGGCAGUCCCUUCCAGUCAGCCUAUUUAUGGAGCAUUCAUUCUGGUUUGUUGGCGCAAAGUUUGCGGAGAGGUUAGACAGCACUAGCUUUUCAUGUAACACUUGGUUCUGAUUUGUUUGCGUGGAAGUCGGGCAAGCGUUAUCUCACGCUAUCCAGUGCAUUUUUCUGUCACUUUUCCUUAUUGCGAAAAAAGUAUCGAUUCUUUUAGGGGAAGUGGGUUUGCUUUGCAACAGUGCCUAUUCACCUUAAGUUGUGCAACCUGAAUUUGUUGGUGCGCCAUUGAACCCUGUCACAAAAUAGUGGUGUUCUGGAAGCACCCAAUAAAUAUGUUCACCCUAUCCCCCCAACUUCCCCUCUAUAGGGCGGCCUAAAUGUGCUUCCUAGUCCGGCAAAACUGCAGAAUUUUUUAAUUCAGGUAUUUCCCCCCAGCCCUAACCCUGUUUGUUUGUUUGUUUGUGAUCAGGGCUCUUGUGCCUUUUAGCAGAAUGAUAGGGAGAGAGGUCCAACAGGUGCUGUUUUUGUUGGCAUGGAGCAGGGGUCAGCAACCUUUUUCAGCCGUGAACCGGUCCACCGUCCCUCAGACCAUGUGGUGGGCCAGACUGUAUUUUGAAAAAAAAUAUGAAUGAAUUCCUAUGCCCCACAAAUAACCCAGAGAUGCAUUUUAAAUAAAAGGACACAUUCUGCUCAUGUAAAAACACCAGGCAGGCCCCACAAAUAACCCAGAGAUGCAUUUAAAAUAAAAGGACACAUUCUACUCAUGGGAAAACAAGCUGAUUCCCGGACCGUCUGCGGGCCGGAUUGAGAAGGUGAUUGGGCCGCAUCUGGGCCCCGGGCCUUAGUUUGCCUACCCAUGGCACGGAGAUAACAUGUUGAGCAAGAAAUGGCGUAGUUUACAAGCCGGUUGAAAAGAACUGAACAGGGGACCUGUUCUGAUCCUUGUUAUCAUUUACUCUAUGUGGAAGCUUGAUGUGCUCUCUCUUUCUCUCUCUCCCUCCUUCUCUUCACAGGUUAUCUUGGUUAUACCAGUGGGCUCUCCCUCACCUGUAUGUGUUUCUUCCUCAUCUCGGUGAGUUGAUGGGAAUUUUCAGAAGCGCAGUCUUCUCCCACCUGGAGAAUUGUGUUUUCUUUAUAAGCUGCCAGGUGUAAUAGGAAAUGGGUAUCCAGGGCUCCUAGUACUUAAUGCAGAAAUGAAUUUUGUGGCAGCUUCUCCCUCCACUCCCUGCUCCUUUUCCAAGCUUGGUAUUCAACAUCAGUUUUCAUUCCCGCCUUAAAGGUGAUCUACAAGAAAUUUGAGAUUCCCUGCCCCCUCAAUGGGACGCACUCUGAAAAGCCCCCCGUCUACUAUAAUGGGAACAAUGGCACUUUGGGGUCUGAUGGUGAUGAUGAUGAUGAUGUCUGUGCUCCUGAGGUCUUCACUGUCAACUCCCAGGUUAGUAGGAAGGAUCCUGAAAAGGAUUCUGGGGGACGUGUAGGGGCUUAAAAGUGGCUGGGAGGCGUAGUGAAACUGCAUCAAAUGCAGAGCUCAGAAGUGAACUUGUAGAAUUUUAUGGGAGAUCUGUUUGUGUGUGUGUGUGUGUGUGUGUGUGUGCGCACAUACUUCAGACGUGGGUCUGAAGGAGGGACACGGAUGGUGCUGUGGUCUAAACUGCUGAGCCUCUUGGGCAGAGGUUGGCAAGGCAUACUGGGCAUGGGCCGGAUCACUCCCAUGGAGAUCGUCUGUGGGCCGGACUGGCGCAGCAUGAAGCCGGAAAUCACGUCUGUGCAUGUCCACGGCACUGGAAAUCGCUUCUGCGCAUGCCCAGACGCUGAAAAUCACGCCUGCGCAGAAGUGAUUUUCGGCGUCUGGGCAUGCGCAGAAGCGAUUUCCAAACGAUAUGAAUCAGAACCAUGUGAUGAUUUCUGGACCAUCUGCGGGCUGGAUCCAGAACCCAUUGGGGCCGGAACCGGCCCGCAGCCCUUAGAUUGCCUACCUCUGCUCUUGGGCUUGCUGAUCAGAAGGUGGCGGUUCGAAUCCCUGCGACGGGGUGAGCUCCCGUUGCCCUGUCUUGGCUCCUGACAACCUAGCAGUUCGAAAGCAUGCCAGUGCAAGCAGAUGAAUGGGUACCACUGGAAGGUAAACAGUGUUUCUGUGUGCUCUGGUUUCUGUUAUGGUGUCCCAUUGCGCCAGAAGCGGUUUAGUCAUGCUGGCUACAUGACCUGGAAAAGCUGUCUGUGGGCAAACGCCGGUUCCCUCAGCCUGAAAGCGAGAUGAGUGCCACAACCCCAUAGUCGCCAUUGACUGGAUUUAACUGUCCAGGGGUCCUUUACCUUUUACCUUUUACUUCAGAAAUACAAGGAAAACAUUUAACUUUCCAGUAAGUGAGGAAGAAGAAUGCCAAGCAAACCUGAGUAAAAACUACUGGCUCACUUGGGCUUCCUAUGCACAGAGGACUCCAAAAAGUUUGAGAAAUUACAAAGCCAACCCCUGACAAUUCUGUUUCCAAAAUGUUUAUGUAAACAUCAGAUACUGUAAUUCUGGAAUGAAGCUAGGAUUACUUUUACUCAUAAAACAUAACAAGGUAGUUUAAACCAGGAAUGGGCAACCUUUUCCAUGAAGGGCCACUUCUCCUCAGGGGUGGCAUACUAGUGGUGGGCAGGACUGGUGCAAAAAAUGGGUGGAGCCCCUCCUUUUCUGGCACUCCCCUGGCACUCAUUUCGCCCACUCUUCAUUAUGUGACCCUAAGGUCACAGGCUGCCAAUUCCUGGUAUGGACCUAUUGAACUGGGACCUGCUGAAUUUUCCCUGCAUAAUUGACUGAGAAGUUUUAAAAAAGACAGUUUGUAAGUAUAAACUUCAGGAACAGGUUUCAUAUUUAGGGACGAACUUCUCAGGUAAUAUCAGAACAGCCUUUGCUAUAAUUAAUUCCCGUAAUCCUAUAAUGGUGAAGAAGCCACUGUGAAGUUCAUGGAUGCAGAUGAAGUAUUUGAUGCUUUAGAAUGGUAAUUUAUCUUCUCACUUUUAGAAAGAUUCAAUCUGCAGAGAUUGCCAUGAAUUCUCAUAUACAGUGGUGCCCCGCAAGACGAAUGCCUCGCAAGACGGAAAACUCGCUAGACGAAAGAGUUUUCCGUUUUGGAGGUGCCUCGCAAAACGAAUCUGCUAUGGGCUUGCUUCGCAAGACGAAAAUGUCUUGCGAGUUCCUGGUUGUUUUUUUUCCUUUUCCCCCUCUUUUUCUAAGUCGCUAAGCCGCUUAUCUGCUUAUCCGAUAAGCUGAUAAGCUGCUAAAAGCCGCUAAUAGCGCUAAUAGCGCUAAUCCGCUAAUCCCGUCAAUGGGCUUGCUUCGCAAGACGAAAAAACCGCUAGACGAAGAGACUCCCAGAACGGAUUCUUUUCGUCUUGCGAGGCACCACUGUACCAGUUGUGAAGCAAAGGAUGGCCAAACUCUAGUAUGAUGCCCCAGUGUCAAAACCUUACUAUAAUGGUAAGGCACAGGAAGGGAAAGAGCACAGAAAAAUGUGUAAAUAUACACCUUCCAUUUUGGAAAUUUAAACAUGGCAUUGACGUCAAUGUUUGCCAUUGCUUUUCAGUUUUGCCAGUAGCUUACUUCUGAAUUUGUAGCUCCUGUUUUCAUUGCCCCAGUAUGUUUAAUAAUAAUAAUAAUAAUAAUAAUAAUAAUAGUAAGAAGUAAUAGAUCCCAAAAAUAAUUCAAUUCAUUUUAGUGUUGUUUAAUAGCAGGCGUAGAAACCUCCACUCCCCAGACCAAAUACGGCUCAUCAGGCCUCUGAUUCCAGUCCAAUUGGCUUCUGCAUGUCACAUUCUUGCCAGUACAGUGGUACCUCUGAUUACGAACUUCAUUCAUUCCGGAGGUUCGUUCUUAACCUGAAACCGUUCUUAACCUGAGGUACCGCUUUAGCUAAUGGGGCUUCCUGCUGUUGCCACACAAUUUCUGUCCUCAUCCUGAGGUAAAUUCUUAACCCGAAGUACUACUUCCGGGUUAGCGGAGUCUGUAACCCGAAGUGUUUGUAACCCGAGGUGUUUGUAACCCGAGGUACCACUGUAUACAAGUCAGUCAGAAUGGCAAAGCAAGGAUAGGGUUUGUGUUGCUUACCUGACGGCCAGUUGGGCAGGCAAAGUAGAGGUUUGUGUUGCUGUUCCAUCAGCCCAAUCAGCUGCCAUUUCCACAUUGCAUGUGAGAAAGGGAGCCCCAUUUGCAUUGCACUGUAUGGAGGUAAAUGGGUGAGUGUGAAUGAGUGAGCCAAAGUCCAAUGCACAGAGCUUAACAAAGUUCUUGAGAGCCAGCUAGUUGUUUGGUGCUUGGAAACUGCAGUGCAAGAGUCUUUGUAGCUCUGGUAGCACCAAGCACUGUGCAUUGAAACGGCUAUUGGAGCAAGACGCAUUCUGCCCUCCCUAAAAAAAACCCCGGAAAGGAUAUGCUGGAAGUUCUGGGUUUCAGAUGUGGCAAGUGGAGUAGAGAAUUGAUUUAUACUCCCUCUCCUUUCACAGACGGCCUACGCCAUCCCCAUCCUGGCAUUUGCCUUUGUCUGCCAUCCAGAAGUUCUGCCCAUUUACACUGAGCUGCGCAGGUACGUAAACUGCAGGCAUGAUAGAAGGUUAAAAGAGGGGAAGCCUUUUCUUUUUCAGCACUUUAAAAGGGGGUAAGGAAGGAGGGAGGGUAGGAGAAAGUGCAAAAGAUUCCUUUCCCCCCCAAAGAAAAGGGAACAUUGGACAAAAACUCUCCAAAUGUAAGAAGAAUCUGGCUGCUGGAUCAUGCCAGUGGGAUAGUCCAGUAUCCUGUGGCCAGACAAAUACCGUGGACAAGCCCACAAACACGGCAUGAGCCCAACAGCACUCUCCCCACUUGUUUCCUGCAAUAUGUUUCCCCAAACUACAGGGGUCUCUUCUAACUGGGGGAAAGCAGGGGGCUGGAAUAGGAGGAGCACAUUACAGGGGAGCAAGGACAGCCUUCUUGAACCCGGGAUACUGCCUGGGGGUUGGAUUCCCACCCAGCCAUCAUAAAACAUCACCACACCCACUUGGAAUCCAGCCAGUCAUCGUCCCCAGGUCAAAUAAGUGGUAGGCGCCCUUCUCUUCGGGAAAUGAGAGGUUGCCCCAGAGGCCUCUGGGAUACCCUCUCAGGUCUUGGAGGGGGAGCCUUUUGUGUUUGCGUGCUGCAUUUUGAUUGGUGCUUGGGGACCAGCACUGACUGAGGGUUUCCAUCUUGAAUGGGAUAAACCUCAAAUCUCCAUUGACUGGCAAGGGCUUGGGAGCCAGAAAUCCUAGGUUCUGUUACCCCACACCGCUCUGAAAAGGGAUUGGGGCUAAAUAUAGGUUAUAAACAGUAGAUGUGAACUCUCUGUGCCUUGCCUAGGGCCUCCAAACGUCGGAUGCAGAAUGUAGCAAAUGUCUCCAUCCUCGCCAUGUUUGUCAUGUACCUGCUGACCGCCAUUUUUGGCUACCUCACUUUCUACGGUAAGGAACAACCUCCCUCAGUAGGUAAUAAUGGGAGACAAACCAUUUAAUUAUCUUUCAUGCACAGGAACAGAGAAGCGAACAGAGCCGUCCCUCCUAUGAGGUAGAAUUAUGCAGUAGCAUCAGACUUCAAGGGUCAUGAAACAGCAACACUUUGUUAGUUACAUGUGGUGACCAUUUUAGGCACAUUUAAUUGAUGUGCAAUCGCUGAUGCACAGGUCCUUUUGGACCUCAAAGAAUACGGAAUGGGGGUGGGGCCUGUAUUUAAUUUACUAUUGCUGUACGGUUUAAGAACAGUCCUGUUUACAAACGAUUCGGUUUACAAACUCCGCAAAACCGGAAGUAGUGUCCCGGUUUGUGAACUUUACCUCGGUCUAAAAACGGAAUCCAAAUGGUGGAAGGGCACCGACGGCAGGAGGCCUCAUUUGGGAAAGCGUGCCUCAGUUUAAGAACAGUUUCAGUUUAAGAACAGACUUCCGGAAUGGAUUAAGUUUGUAAACCGAGGUACCGCUGUAUAGUGUACACAGAAUAACUUCCCCACUCAACGGUACAGUCAUGAUAGAAUACACUUCUAGAAUGUUAUAUCGGAUACAAAAUGAAAAAUGAGUUGCACAACUGGUUGGUCUUCCUGCACUUGCAUGUUUUUUGUGCAAACCAAGUUGAAAGAAAAGGUGUACACGUUCUUUUUUUGAGCAUGCAGGCAACUGUCAUAAAAAAAAUUCCUGUCAUGCUGGGGGCAAGGCAGAUGGGAAGCAAUCUUUAGGUAGCACAAAAAGUAGAGUCUUUUAUUGGCUCAGAACAAGACUGACAUGAAAACUUUUCAUUGGUCUAGGAGUAUCACAUGAUGCGCUCUGCCCCCCCCCCCCCGGGUAAGAUGCUUCCUGGCCGGACUGGCUCAUACUGAGUCUGACCAUUGGUCUGUCUGGUUCAGCAUUGUUUACAUCAAGGGUGGCCAACCUUUUUAUGCCAGGGAACAGACUUGGAAUUUCAAGAAAGUGUUAUGAGCAUCAGUGACAAAAUGGCUGCCAUGAGGACAUAGUAUAUAUAUCACAAAAUGGCUGCUGUGGGGUGUGCAUGACACAAAAUGGCUGCCACGGGUGUGACAUAAAGGCUUCAGCGUUGGAGAGGCUGAGCAGGAAGAGUGAACUGUCAUUCACAGUGGAUUUUUGAGGGGGUAUUUAUGGACACCUGUUGUGGGUUCCAUGGGAGAUGCUGGUGGGCACAUUGGCAACCUUGGGCACCAUGUUGGAAGUCUUAUUGGAAACAAUUUGGCAGGGUUUCAGACAAGUCUUUCCCAGCCCUACCUAAAGAUGAUGUGGAUUGAACCCGGGAUUUUGUGCAUAAAAAGCACACGCCCUCUCUCUCGUUGCGCUACAUCUCUUCCUUUCCUGGCCAAAGAUUGAUGCUGGCACAAAGCCUGAAUCCGCACCCCGAUGUCACUCCUGUCUCCAGCUCAAGAUCUUUUGCCAGCUUGAGAACUAAUGGCAUCCUAAAGUACCCUUUUAAGGACCUUUCUGAAGUCCCAGUCAAAAGCCCUCCCAUCUGGCCCCAGACCCUGUCGUUUCACGUCCGCCACCACUCGGACUGAUGAGUAUAUCUCUUCUCCUUUCUGGCAGAGAGUGUUGAAGCAGAGAUGCUGCACACUUAUAUCAAAGUUGACGCCAUGGACAAGCUCAUUCUCUCUGUGCGGUUGGCUGUGCUGAUGGCUGUGACACUCACGGUGCCUGUGGUUCUGUUCCCGGUAAGAGAUUGCCUUUUUCAUCCCCCGUUGCAGCGUCAAAUGGCUUUCCUCCCCAAAGCACCUGCAGUUAGUUUCUCCAGUCUGCCUCCCUUCCUCUCUCUCUGCCAUCCCAAUUCAGUGUCAGAAGCAUUCUGAGGUUGGGAAUGAGGCAACUUUUGGCCCUCCAGCUGUUGCUGAACUACAAGUCCCACCAACUCCAGCUGGUCAGCGCUGAUGGGACUUGUCGUUCAGCAACAUCCAGGGAGCCAGAAGAUUUCAAACAUCUGAUUUAGGCACUGGCUUAAACCAGGCUUUCCCUGAGAGGUGAUCCAGCUAUGGUUGAUCUGCUGAUCUGAUCUGUUGCUCGAUGAUGCGUUCUGUAUUUGUUUUAUCAAUGUAAUUUAAUUGUUGUUGUUUGCUACCAUGAUGUGUAUCUAGGCAUUGACAGUACAGGGAUUUCUUUGCAAAUACAUAAAAAUAAAUGUGAGCAGCUAUUAAAGCCCCUGCCAUUGAGCAAAGACAACCCAGUGCCCUGUAAAGGCUAAUAUUGAUCCUGGAAUAAGGCGCCGUAACAGGCUAUUGGUUGUUUUUGCCGUGGCAGAGAGAUAAAGCUAAAAACCUUGGAGACUUGCAUUUGAACAGCGAGUGACAGAGAUCUCUUGCGUAUCCCUUAGUGCCUCUUUGCCCAGUAGAGCUCACACUCUCAUUCCCACCACAGAUCCGCAGGGCCAUCCAGCAGCUGCUGUUUCACAAAAAGGAUUUCAGCUGGGUCCGCCAUGUCAUCAUUGCCUGCUGCCUCCUCGUUAUUGUCAACCUUCUUGUCAUCUUCGUGCCAAACAUCAAGGACAUUUUUGGAGUCAUUGGUAUGUAUGACCUGUCUUAGGAAGGCGUAGCAGAGGGGCUCGGGGCUGGGCUUCACCUUAACAUUCAUGACGGGAUCAGCAACCUCACAAGCUGUUUUUAAAAACUGGAUAUUGGGUGCCUGGAAGUGAGCAGGGUUUAGCAUGCGGCAGUGAGUUUUAGAGUUUGUGGAUGGGGAACCUCGCAUUUGUGUCUAAUGAUAACCGUUGUGUGUGUGGAUUGUUUUUUUUAUAUAUAAACAUAUCAUUUCCAACAAUCAUUUAACAUAACUUCUUAUCUUAUACAACAUUUUAUGCUUCCGUCAACAACCUCUGAUGAUUUUCCGUUCUUUAUCACUUACUCUGCAUUUCUUAAUUUCUCUAUUACUCUUAAUUAUCAUUAACUAAUAAUUCUCCUCAUAAUCUUUCUUGCAAUAUUUCAAAUAGUCCUCCUUACAGAACCUCUUGCAGUCCUACUAGCGUAAUAUGUUCAUUACAAUUGCUUUUCAAAUAGUUCAUAUAUUUACUCCAGUCUUCUAAGAAUCUCUGGUCCCGCAGGUUUCGAAUCCUUCAUGUUAAUUUAUCUAAUUCUGCAUAGUCCAUUAAUUUCACCCGCCGUUCUUCUUUCGUCGGUAGUUCUUCUUGCUUCCAUUUUUGUGCCAAUAAGUGUGUGUAGAUUGUUGGAGCAGCUGGGAUGGGUGAUUUUCUUGAGAUCAUGCCGGGGAGGGAAUGGUGUCCUGUUUUGGAGAGUCUCUUAAAGGAUUGACCCUCUGACCUGGAGACUGGGACUCAUUCUUUGCUCCUUGGUAUGGUCUGCUCCCUGAGCUGUUGGACUGGCAAGGUGACAUGGGAAGCCUUUGGUUCCUUCGCGGGGGGUGGGGGGUGGAAUGUGCCUUUGAGAGCCCUGGUGCUGCAGAACCUGAUUUCAGGGGCUACUGUCUGCCAGACUCUGAUUCAGGGAUCCUUUGAUCACCAACAUCAGACUCAGAGUCAGGAUGUGAUGCUGCUUUGAAUGUAUGGCAGAGAUGUUAACCUAGGAUACCCAAGAAUAUGUUCCCUUUUCUGACUCUUCCCGCCUCAGGAGCCACAUCGGCCCCCAGCCUCAUCUUCAUCCUCCCAAGCAUCUUCUACAUCCGCAUUAUCCCCAACGAGAAAGAGCCUCUGAGAUCCAGAUCCAAAAUCCAGGUACCAGAUGCUGGCCAGUGGGUGGGAAUGUGAGAGGCCCCAUUAGAGGGAAGGGAAAGUGGUUCAACGUGGUAAGCCAAAGGAAAUGGGGGCAGGAGCUCAGUCAAGGAUGAGAUGAGCCCAUGGGAGGCCAGGUGAAAGUGUAGCUGCUCCAAGCUUUUCUUGGCUGAAAAUGCAUUUAUUUGUAUCCUGCUUUUCAGACAGUUCACCUCCAUUAAAAGAGAGAGAGAGAGAGAGAGAGAGAGAGAGAGAGAAGCCCUGUCGAUGAGCAAAGAUAUACAAGGGAAGGGAAUAGGUAGCAUAGCUGUCAACUUUUCCCUUUUCUUGCGAGGAAUCCUAUUCGGAAUAAGGGAAUUUCCCUUUUAAAAAGGGAAACAUUGACAGCUAUGCUAGGUAGAGAGGAAGGGGAUUCAAGCUAAGAUUGAGCUAAGGUGGCAAGAGAACAGCUUGGGGGUUCUAGGCUGUGGGAGACACCUGUUCACCCAUGAAACUUCCAAGCCUAGUUGGUUGAAGACAUGCAAUUGGUCCGCCACUCCUUCUAGCUGCCCAUAAAAAAUCAUUUUAGCAAUUGUCAACAAAAUCACAGCUGGUUUUCAAGUCUCACUGAGACUCCUUAGACACCGUAGUAAGGCAUGUAAAAGGUAUAUAUAAAAGGUAGAAUGUACCAUAUAAAAGGUAGAAUGAGGCUGAAUCCAAGAACUAACAUGGCAAGUGGGAUACUCAUUUCCAAGUAGGGGGAUAGUCCCCUCUUUCCCUCCCUAUUUAGAACAUGCAGCCCCUCCCUCUCUCCCCACUGAAGCUUGCAAGGUACUGUAUUUUUUGCUCUAUUAGACACAUUUUUCCCUCCUAAAAAGUAAGGGGAAAUGUGUGUGCGCCUUAUGGCGCGAAUGCAGGCUGCGCAGCUAUCCCAGAAGCCAGAACAGCAAGAGGGAUCGCUGCGCAGUGGUCCCUCUUGCUGUUCUGGCUUCUGGGAUUCAGAAUAUUUUUUUUCCUGUUUUCCUCAUCCAAAAACUAGGUGCGUCUUAUGUCUGGUGCAUCUUAGAGAGCGAAAAAUACAGUAAUUGGAACUGGACGGCGGGUAUCAUGCCUUCCUCUUUGUCCUUCACAGGCUGCCUGCUUUGCUGCCCUUGGCUUCGUUUUCAUGGUGAUGAGCCUGAGUUUCAUCAUUGUCGACUGGGUAACGACAGGGAAGAGCAGCGGAGUGGGGCACUAACCCCCUCCGUCCCCCCAAAGACACAGUGGUUCUUACCAGGGAGGACCAUUUCCUGACAGAGACGUGCCAUUGCCCCCUCCUGUUCACCCUCGCUCAUCCUGGAACGACACCUCCUGUCCAUCGCUGUGGGGAAGUGACGGAAGGAACCCUUCGUGGUCAUGACAAAGUAACCUGGAACGGCAUGGGUGGGGAGCUUCUCUUUGGCCCUUCUGGGCUCUGGGGCCACGAAACAGGUGAUCAGAAAGAGGCUGCCCGUUGCCACGGAGCUAGCAUAAGCUCUCCUCGUUGGUCAGUUUUGGUGCUAUGACAACACAAGUGACCGUUACAUGCUUUCAGCUCCUAUGGUAGGAGCACAGAGCUCCUGGCCUUCUUUUCCUCUUUGGCGGUCAGGCCGUGGCCAGCCAUUGCUUGUCACAGCAAAACUGCAUGGAGUUUUGGGUUUACACUUUUUUGUGGGGGGCGGGGGUGGGUCCAGGAUAAUAGCGCUCUCUCGCACGCUCUCUGUCUCAGCAUUUCGUCAUCGUUGCCAUUACGGGAGGAUACUCUGGGCGUCCCUCUUUUGUCAUUGCAGCAGUGGUGCCCGGCUGUCUCCUGUGUCUUGUUGCCAAGCAUGCAAACGGGCUCCUGCUCUUUUUGCUGCCAUGGGGGCAGAGCCUCCACCUCACUUCUCUAUUCCUCUGCCUGGUACCAACUAUGCCCGCUGUGCCUGGGGGGUUGUGGCCCCAAGUUGGAGUGCCAAAAGCCAACGGUGCCCCUAGUGGACAAUCUAAUUUAUUUGCUCAUAUUUAAUUUGGACCUAGGGACGCGGGUGGCGCUGCGGGUUAAACCGCAGAGCCUAGGACUUGCCGAUCAGAAGGUUGGCGGUUCGAAUCCCCACGACGGGGUGAGCUCCUGUUGUUCGGUCCCUGCUCCUGCCAACCUAGCAGUUCGAAAGCACUUCAAAUUGCAAGUAGAUAAAUAGGUACCGCUCUGGCGGGAAGGUAAACGGCGUUUCCGUGUGCUGCUCUGGUUCGCCAGAAGUGGCUUAGUCCUGCUGGCCACAUGACCCGGAAGCUGUAUGCCGGCUCCCUCGGCCAAUAAAGCGAGAUGAGCGCCGCAAUCCCAGAGUCGGCCACGACUGGGCCUAAUGGUCAGGGGUCCCUGGACCUAACUUGGACCUAAUUUGGACCUAAUUUGGACCUGGCUACCAGACCAAAGAUUACAAAGAUAACCACCCUGGUGUCGUCAUACUUGGUGUCAGGGUUUCUGUUUUUUUCCUGAUAGGCCCGAGGUCUGGGGUGUUGAAACGAGGGAGGGUGGGCAGACUGGACUCCUGGGCACCCUCUUCCCAGCUCUUAGGUGGAUGUGGUGUUACAGCAGGAGGUUUGGAAACAAGGUGUUGAAGGUAGCAGGAGGGAACUGGCUUGGUGGAGUCCCCUCAUCUCGUUGCUUAGGAGAAGGUCCUUGUGCUGUCCUGUUGCAGAGCAAUGUUGGAUUUCUCCUAAGGCCACCCAGGAAAGAUUAAUUCUUCUUAAUACUGAAAUGCUGCCAGGUUGAUUCCCUUUGGAAAACUCCCUGGGCUACACUAUUGACUAUCCUUACAUUAGGUUGGGGCUUCUCUCGUUUGCCCUUUUCAGGGCUCCUGAGGCAGCUUUUCCGCAGCACAAUGCAUUGUAAUUGACACUAAUGUACAGCGAGCAAGAAAAGGUCCGGCUGAUGGACAAUUCAAGCAAACCAAGGAGAAAUGUUUACGCUACGGGUACUUCCGUAUUAGGACCUUAGUAUGGACCUUUGUUUACGAGCUUUUCAUGGCAAAUCUACAUGAUGGCAUCGUCAAAUUGUCUUCCUUCUGCAAUUUUUACCUAUGCAACUUCCUUCUGUCUUCUUUCAGACUACAGGUUUUUUUUAAAAAAAUUAAAACAGGAUUGUAGGGCAGUCUUUACACUUGCGGAUCACCUUAAGCACUAUUUUUCCACCUGCUAUAAAGAUGCCAUUGUGACCUUUCUGGUCUGUGACAUUUUAGUCAGCUGUCAAUCUUCUAAUUUGCUCCUUCUGCCUAUGCUCUUUUUAAAAAAUUAAAAUAGUUACGCAAAAGCACUUAAAUGAAAAAGGUACUUUAGUGUUGUUGGUUUUUUAAAAACAAAACCAGACGCCACACACUGCCAUUCUCCUUUUCGUAUUCAGUGCCGUUUGAUUUCUUUGGUGUUGUUUUUAAUUUAGUUUUUUUCUUACUUUAUAACACUGAAGUGAUCUUGCAACGACGCUGAAUUUUUACAAAGCACUUUAGCCCGUAUCUUUUACAAAAAUGAUUCAAGAAUCAAUUGGAGGCAAUUGCUGUAAGAUGCUAUUCUCGGGUGAAUUGUUGCUCCCUUUUUUGUAUGGUUGUGUUAGGUGUAAACAGAACAUGCGCAGAAAUUGCAAUUUCCUCCCCCUCCAAAGCACGGGAAGCCCAUUGCAGUUCUGCAUGCAGCUUAAAGCAGAAGUGCUUGGUCAGUGUUGAGAGCCACCAGCCUGUAAGUACCGUAUUUUUCGCCCUAUAGGACACACUUUUCCCCCUCCAAAAAUGAAGGGGAAAUGUUUGUGCGUCCUAUGGGGCGAAUGCAGGCUUUCGCUGAAGCCUGGAGAGUGAGAGGCGUCGGUGCGCACCGAACCCUCUCGCUCUCCAGGCUUCAGGAAGCUAUCCGCAAGCUUUGCGAGCCCGGUGGGAGUUCCCGCGGGCUCACAAGGCUUGCGGGCAGCAGCCUGCAGCCCGAAGCACGGGGCGCGCUCCGGAGGGUGCCCCGUGCUUCACGCAGAUGUCCACAAGCCUUGCGAGUCCGGCGGGAGUUGCCGCCAGGCUCGCAAGGCUUGUAGAUAGCAGCCUGUUCUGGGGGCUGGGGUCGGAAAUAAUUUUUUUUUAAUUUAUUUCCCCCCCCCAAAAAACGAGGUGCGCCCUAUGGGCCAGUGCGCCCUAUAGGGUGAAAAAUACAGUACCUUAUGAUCUUUCCCCAUUCCAUGCCAUUUCCUCCUCUUCCUGCACCCUUUCCUCCAGCCUGGAAUCCUUUCUUCAUUUUCUCUUUGAACCUUGUUGCAAAACCACAGCAGAGAGCUGAACUACAGCCUGCUAGAGCCCCGAUGUAUUUUGCCAGUUGGGUCAGAGCAGUCCCUACGGGGUGGCAUGGCCGUUCUCAGACAGUGGUGUUUUAAAGGCAGCAAAUUACCAACUAUAGCCUUCAUUUCUGCCGGUGUGCCAGAGGGGAAAGGGGAUUGCGCCCAGUGUGUAUUACACACUGGACGUUUAGCGUCAAGGUGAAAUGAAGCAGUGAAAGGGAAACUGGGGUUCCAUCCUCUUCUGUCGAAUUCCCUUUGCCCGUCUGGCAAAGAACUGUGCCAGGGCAGUUUUCUAGAUCUGGAACCUUCUCCACUUCAGUGUCCUGUCUCUUCUUUCUUCUCCAUUUAUUUUGUCUUUUCCUCCUCAUUUGUCCACCCCUUUUUUACACAGAUAUCAGAAAUCAUCCUGGCCUCCGUGCCAGUACCCAAGGAUGCUGCCGUUACCAUGGUGACAACGCUUCCUUUAUUUCUCCAUGUAUUAAUGUACCUUUGAGUGGUGCUGUGCGAGUGUUGAACUAGUUGUGGCCGUGCCUUGCUAUUGCUGGUGGGUGGCAAUCUGUAAAGGCUGGUCAGCAGCCGCAACUGGUAACCACUUAGAAUCAUGGACUUGAAAGGGAUCUCAAAAGAUAAUCUAGUUCAGUGUGAUGCAGGAAAUCCACUGCUGUGGCACCUCUGAUAAGUGACUGUCCUGCAUCUCCUUUGGAACCUCUUAAGAAAGGAGAGUACACUAUGUUCCAAGGCAGCAUGGGGACAGCUUGUAUGGUCAGGAAGUUCUUAACGUUUAGUCAAAAAUCCUCAUUUUUGUUUUUGAAUUCUCUGGUUUGGAUCCUACCUUCUGGAGUGACAGGCAACAAAUUAAUUUCAUCAUCUAUGGGUGAUAGAACUAAUUCAUGCCUUCCAAAUACUUGAAGGUGGCUAGCAGAUUGCCUUCUAUGUACAGUGGUACCUCGGGUUACAGACACUUUGGAUUACAGACGCUUUGUGUUACAAACUCCACUAACCAGGAAGUAGUUGUUCCAGGUUAAGAAAUUUACCCCAGGACAAGAACAGAAAUUGCAUGCCAGCGGCAGCGGGAGGCCCCAUUAGCAAAAGCACGCUUCAGGUUAAGAACCAUUUCAGGUUGAGAAUGGACCUCUGGAACGAAUUAAGUUCUCAACCCAAGGUACCACUGUACUGUGGAGAUGGUGGUCACCACAUCUCAGGGAUGGCAAACCAGACAUUGCUGGACUGCAACUCCCAUCACCCCGAUGGUUGCCCUUACUGGCUGGAGUAGGUGGGAGUUGGGGACAGAUACCCCAUCCCAAGCCUAUCACCACAUGUUCCCAGGCUUGAUUUGAAAAUAGUACAUGAUGAUAAAUCUCCCCUGGACCACGUUUCCUCUAUCAUCAAUAAUAAGCCAUCAGUAACAUAUCUAACACCAAUGUUUUAGAUGCAUUAAACUAUAUCUGCUUCUUGUACCUGCCUCCAUUAACUUAACGGCAAUCUUGGGAGCUCAAUAUUUUCUAUUUUCUAUUUCUUUCUAGCUUUUCUUCUUCUUUUAAUUGGACAGAUUGGGAACUGAGAUCUUUGGUGGCUUAGUUUAAUGGUCUUGUCUCACUUUCUUUUUUUGGUAAAUCUUAUUUAUUGAUUUUGCACACACAAAAAGCAAGAAAAAAGCAAAACAAAAAAGACCAUAAAUUAUCCAUUGAUUUCCCAUCCUCCCCGUCCAUGGUUUCAAUAUUUACCUUUAGAUGUGGCAUAUUUCGCAUAUCCUAUUCAAUGCAUACAUUUUAACCUAUUUAUCUCAAUAAUUAACGCUGACGCUCAUAUUUCAAGUCCUGCUCGCGUUUUCAUCUUGCUAUAAUAGUUCUUUAAAUGCUCAACAAAAGGUCUCCAGUCCUCAAGGAAUUUUCCAUCAUUUGGUCUCUAAUCUUUGCUGUUAAUCUUGCCAGUUCUGCAUACUCCAUUGUUUUCAAAAGCCAAUCUUCCUUUGUUGGAACCUCUCCUUCUUUCUAUCUUUGGUCUUUGGGCAUACAAUAUUUGUGCUCCUGUUGUUAUAUACAUAAAUAAGUUAGCCAAUUCUUUUGAUACAUCGUUAUUUAUAAUUCCUAAAAGAACAGCUUUGGGUUUCUUGGGAAACGAUCAACUUGAACAUCUUUUUAAUCUCAUUAUAUAUCAUUUUGCAAUAGUCUUGACUCAAUUUCAUUAGAGUUGUGCAUUCUCUUAACAGAUACCAUGACGUGCCAUGUAAUUCCUGCUGCUAUAUUACCUAAUUUGGGGAGGGAGGACUUUUUAAGAAUCAUAAGAGUUGCAGAGAACCUCAUUUAAUCUUUUGCUUAGUGUAGGAAACCCAGAGAUCUAGAACAUCUCUCAUCAGAUGACUGUCUCUGCUUGAAGACUUCCAGCCAGAGAGCCUGCCCCAUUGGUUCCAUUGUCAAAGUGCUUUUGCUUCCAAGAGGUUUCUCCUAAUGUUAACCCAAAAUCUACCCUCCUGUAACUUAAGCCCCUGAUAUCUAGUCCUGUUCUUUAGGACUUCAGUCUUCGUCCUAUUCCUGUGAGCAUAACAUGUAUGCCCAAGUUGUUACUUACUAUUCACAUGGCACCAUCAAUGUACUUGGUGUAACCUAAGCAAUAAUAAUAAUAAAAUAGGUCCCUGCCACAAAGAGCUUACAAAUACAGGAUUUAGAUUAAAUCGGAAAUGAUUAAGCUAGCAAUAUUAGGGUUCCUACACCUUGCAGAAGGAGGGGUUUUUAUCAGAGGUUUCUUGCAUACUCAGAUGUUAUAAAAGCCGGGACAGCUAUAUCUGCCAAAAUACCUACACAACUUUUUUAAAGUACAGUGGUGCUUCAGGUUACAAACGCUUCAGGUUACAGACUCCACUAACCCAGAAGUAGUACCUCGGGUUAAGAAAUUUACUUCAGGAUGAGAACAGAACAGAGAACAGAAAUAGUGUGGCCCCAUUAGCUAAAGCGGUACCUUGGGUUAAGAGCACUUUCAGGUUAAAAAUGGACCUCCAGAACGAAUUACGUUCUUAACUAGAGGUACCACUGUACAAGAACUCUAAUGAUGAAAGACUGGCCAUUCCCAGGUUAACAGGGUAGUCUUGUGCAUGUGAAGUAAGCUUCAUUUAGUUCCAAGGGACUUACUACUAAGUAUGGUUGCAUAGGAUUGCACAUAAACUACCGUAUUUUUCGCCCUAUAGGACGUACUUUCCCCCUCCAAAUAUGAAGGGGAAAUGUGUGUGCGUCCUAUGGGGCGAAUGCAGGCUUUUGCUGAAGCCUGGAGAGCGAGAGGGGUCGGUGCACACCGAACCCUCUCGCUCUCCAGGCUUCAGGAAGCUAUCCGCAAGCCUUGGGAGCCCGGUGGAACUUCCCGCCGGGUUCCCAAGGCUUGUGGACAGCAGCCUGCAGCCCGAAACCUGGGGAGCACAGUGGAGCGCACUUCGGGCAGCUCUCCGCAAGCCUUGGGAGCCCAGUGGGACUUCCCGCCGGGUUCCCAAGGCUUGUGGAUAGCAGCCUGUUCUGGGGGAUGGGGUCGGGGGAAGCUCGGGCUUCCCCAGCCCCGCGCCUGGGGGGGAAAUAAUUUUUUUUCUUUAUCUCCCCCCCCCAAAAAAAAAUCUAGGUGGGCCCUAUGGGCUGGUGCGCCCUAUAGGGCAAAAAAUACGGUACUUUCCAGAUCUGAAAGAGCCCACAACUCUGUGAUCCACCUGCAAAGCGUCCCUGGGGACAGAGCUUCUAAGUAGAAGUAUAAUUAUCACGGAUCUUCUCAUACAGUGAUAAGAAUUGUCGAUUCUUGUGGGCACCCUACCCGUCCUGUUCCAUUUUACCUCCACAAUAUACUUUUAUUUGGGGCAGUCUUUAGCAAAUGGGUGUUCUGGCUAGAGGUUUUCUUCUGAGUUUGCCUUCCAGUUUGUGUUGUUUUCACUUCCUUUGUGCACAGGUUGCCUCUGUCUACCCAGAGCCCCUCCAUAUGGACGUUUUAUCACAGGUGUGUUCUGUUGCAUGCUCUUGACACAGUAAUGCAUUAACAGUGGAUUUUUCCUGCUUUAGUUUCUUGCGUGAUGCUUGCCCAGCGCAACCACAUUUUUGCCACAAAUAACCUAUAACACAUCAGUUGUGGUAUAAACAGUUGUGGGAUUUCAGCAGGAAGUUAUGGGAUACUCACUGAUUGGAAAUGAAGCAGCGUGACCACCCCAAAAUUUUUGCAGGCACACACAGUAUUGAUUCUGUACAACCACAAAUAAUAAUGAAUGCACAGUAAAACGGAUGCCUUGGGCCAGGUUAAGUUGUAUGUACUGUUCCUAUCGGAUGACCUCAACAUGUGGACCUAUUUAACAGAAACUUGUUACAGUACUUGAUCUACUACACACAUGUUUGCUAGUAUGUAUACUCAGCUUUGAAAUCCUGAAACUGUACAGUGUUUGGGAGCUUUGGAAAUGCACACUUUGAAGUGAAGAUUUCCAUACAAGUGGUGUCCUCUCCUGAAACCAGUGGUAACCAUGGCUGCUUGCUGUCCAUCCCACUCAAGGGGGAGCUACUUGUCCACACAACAUAGUCUACCUGAUUUCAUCUGACAUAUAUUGCGGAACACGUCCUGCAUCGCUUCAAAAGCCAUGCCACUGCUACUUCUAGGUGCCCAGUGGUGACCUAGAGGCCUCCCGAAACCUAUGUCUCUUUUCACCCAAGGAGUGUUGUAUAUUUUGCCCUUGAGGUGUUCGCCAUCCCAUUGCUGAGUCCACCAGAUGGUCAUUUUGAAACACCAGAGGAGAGAAGAAGCCUAUCACAGUUGUCUAGACCAGUGGUUUUCAACCAGUGUGCCGUGGCACCCUGAGGUGCCUUGAAUGGUGGUCAGGGGUGCCAUGGGCAACACUAGCCUCCGUCCCUCUUUCCUUCCCUCCCUCUUCUGAUGCCCUCUUGUUUAAGGUUGCCAGACGUCUCUGUUUCCCAGGGACAGUCCUUGGAUUUACAAAUCAGUCCCCAUACAAAAUCCACUGAAGUUGAAAAGUGUCCUGGGAUUCAUUGAAAAAAUCUGGUAACCUUACUCUUGUUUCUCUGCCUCUCAAAGGCUUGCACAGCUGUUUGUUGCAGCAGCCCUGGCUGCAAGCUCCCCAGGCGAAUGGUGCCUCUGGGGCUGGCCGGGGGGCUGGUUGCCAGGAGCUGAGGCAGCCUCGGAGUAAGCAAUCGGGCAAGGGAGCCCAUUCAGCCAGUCCACCAGCCCUUGCUGUUGGGAAUGGGCAGAGAAAUGGGAGGCCUGGCAGGCAGUGGAUGCACUGGCCUUUCUUGUGCUUGCUGUGUGAAAGGCCUGCAUGGGAGGCUGAAUGCCUGGUGCUGAAGGAAGCCUUUCCACCUUGCAGGCCUGGCAGCACCCACUGCUGCCUCCCCAGGUAAGGUGCUGGCCUCACAUUCACCUUUGGCCAGUCUCUGUUGAGCCACUAAGGCAGGGGACAUCCUCUUCCCAGGCCCCUGUGGGGCAGUGUGAGAAGGCACCUCUCUUUGGGGCAGAUGGGGCAUCUCAGAGACCAAGGGCAGGGGCAGUGGCUGCCCAGAGGUCUUCCAAGGAGAGUGGAGAGGAGGCUGAGGGAACCCUCCACAAGGGAGGGUAUUUGAAAAAGGGUGAGAGGCUGCCAGCUCUGCAGGGAAAGGGUGACAGAACUGGGCUCCUGAGCCCCACAGGGGUGCCACAGAAAGAACGUACAGUGGUACCUUGGGUUACAGAUGCUUCAGGUUACAGACUCCGCUAACCCAGAAAUAGUACCUCGGGUUAAGAACUUUGCUUCAGGAUGAGAACAGAAAUUGCAGUGUGGCGACAGUGGGAGGCCCCAUUAGCUAAAGUGGUACCUCAGGUUAAGAACAGUUUCAGGUUAAGAACACCUGCAGAACGAAUUAAGUUCUUAAUCUGAGGUACCACUGUAGUUGGUCAAGGGAGCCGCGGACACAAGAAGGUUGAAAACCUCUGGCCUAGAUAGUAGUUGCUGCCUUCUUCCAGGUCUAGUUAGACUGGGACCAGAAGCAAGGAGAAUGCGAGAUAGGGCACCUGGCUGAGAGCAUCCACCUGUACUGAGCCAAUCACCCGGAUGGAGGAUCCAUUUGUACCAUUGAUGGGAUAGGCCUCUCUCUCACACUUUACCUGUUCAGAUCCCCACCUUUAUUUUUCUCCCAGCUUCAUACGUAUAUCUCACUACCAACGCACCUUCCCCACUCGCGUCCAGGUGACCUCUUAACUUUCUGUCCUUCCCUUCUCCCCGUGUCUGAAAAUCUCUGGAAGUUUUUUACGUAGACUCAAGGGCUCUGUUUCUGCUUGGGGGUAGGGGAGGGAUUUGGAUUUAAGGGAGGAGGGAACACAAAUUCAAAAUGUGAAAUGGAUGUAAGGACACAGUAUUUGUAUAAUUUUGGAAUUCAAUAAAGAAUGACUGACUUUCCAUUGAGGCAGUCUGAAUGCUUUUA